AGGUGUUUCCACGUCUUCGAUCGAGUUGUAGUGCUAGUCUGUUUCGCGCGCGCCCCCCAGCGAGAUCAUUCGGGUUCCGCGCUGCUCCAUUAUAGAAGUCUUUUUUUCCUGCUAGAACUAGGUGCGGGUACAUGAAAAUGUGCUCUAAAUACGUGUGUUUUACUGGCAGUUGAAGUACCUGUGGCUUGAGGACCGUUUGUAUCGGUGACUUGUUGCUGCUGCUGCUUCUGCUUUUGCUGAUGUUCUACCAGCAGCACGGGUGAAACCAACAACGGCGGAGACUUCAACGCUUGUCUGGUGGUGCCGCAGAUUGUGGGAUGUCGCUGUCGGUUAUGGAUAAAUGUUAAAAGUGAGCCGUUUGGCGGCUGUGGCAAGUUUUUUUUCCUGCGAAAAUGUGAAAUGUCAAACGAAGUCAGCAAAAAGUGGCAAAACGUGUCGGGUUUUUUUGUCAAGUGGAUGCUUGCCGAUCGGUCGGUCCGGGGUUGACGAGGAGUGAAACAGCGAGACGAAAUAGUGGAAAGUUUGGCCUUUGCUAAUUAGUGUUGAAGCAGAUUCUUAUGGUGGCAAAAUCUGAAAUUUGCAAGGAGAUUUUGUGCGAAAAAUCACUGAUAAAGAAGAAUGGAAGUGAAUCACAGUGGAAAUUAAAUCUCCGGAAAGUGUGCUGAAACUGGUGGAUUUGAACUGAGAUUUUGUGCUGUUUGAAAAUAUACAGAAAAAUUACCUGCUACUAAAGUGCAUGGAAGUGAACAGUGAUGUGCGUUGCAGUGGAACAAUUUCCGAAAACGACUAUAUUGCAAAAUUGCGCCCUAUGUUGGAUGGUGAUCAACGAGGUUCUGGGUCCCUUAGGACGAGUCGUCAAAAGCAAGCAAAAAUGAAAAUAUUUUUGCCAUUAGUGGUGUGGAUCGUGCUGUUUUUUCGGACGGCGAGUGCCCAGUACUCGGCGUCCCGGAAAAACGUCGGCAUAUUCGGACUAAAGCACGAGGUGUUUUUUCUGAACCUCGAGGAUGGCUACUUCGGCUGCCAAGUCAACGAGUCAACAGACUACCUGCAGCUGUACGAGCUGUCCAAACUGUGUGAUGGCAAAUCGGACUGCUACAUGGGCUCCGAUGAGCUUAGAAAUAAGUUAAAAUGUACAAAUGAUUGUGAUAAAGAUGGCACGGCCUGCUCCAACGGAGCGUGCCUAGAAGGCCAAUGCCAUUGCAAUGAUGGCUUUGGAGGUUGCAAUUGUCAAGUUCCAGACGAAAACGAGUGUAAAUAUCGACCCUGUGACGUUUUCGCGCACUGUACAAAUACUUUAGGUAGCUUUACUUGCACGUGCUUCCCUGGCUAUCGGGGCGACGGAUUCCAUUGCGAGGAUAUUGACGAAUGUCAAGAUCCCGCGAUAUCCGCUCGAUGCGUCGAGAACGCAGAAUGCUGCAACUUACCAGCACAUUUUGUGUGUAAAUGUAGGCCAGGUUUCGAGGGCGAUGGAGAGGAACGAUGCGCAGACAUCAAUGAGUGCCUCGAUCCUCAGGCCUGCGGGGUGAAUGCCGAGUGUGUCAACUAUCCCGGCAAUUACACGUGUCUGUGUAAGGAUGGCUUCGUCGGUGAUCCGUACAACGGGUGCGGAGAUAUCGACGAAUGCGCCCAGCCAGGCGUUUGCGGACCCGGUGCCAUAUGUACGAACCUUGAGGGCAGUCAUCGCUGCGACUGUCCUGCUGGGUUCGAUGGAGACGCACGCUCGGCCCAAGGUUGCGCCGAUUUCGACGAAUGCACACGCUCGCCAUGCGGAAGAAAUGCUCUGUGUCGAAACGAUGUCGGAAGUUUUCGAUGCGAGUGUUCCGAAGGUUUUCACGGUGAUCCAAUGACGGACUGUCAAGAUAUUGACGAAUGUUCGAAUAAUCCAUGUGCUGAGGGUGCCAAAUGUACCAAUACGCCUGGUGGCUUCCGGUGUAGCUGCCCGGCGGGAAUGACCGAAUCGGGCAGCGAAUGCGUCGACAUUAACGAGUGUGCUAGGUCUAACGCUUGCGGGGAAAAUGCCAAAUGCAUCAACUUUCCCGGCUCAUACAAAUGCUUGUGCCCGCAGGGCUUCCAAGGACGGGGAGAACUUUUUUGCAAAAAUGUAAACGAAUGCCUAGAUAAUCCCUGCGGGGAAAAUGCGAUGUGCACGGAUACGGUUGGUAGCUUUGUUUGCUCAUGUAAGCCAGAAUACACAGGAGAUCCAUUUCGAGGAUGUGUCGAUAUCGACGAAUGUACGGCGUACGAUAAGCCGUGCGGCAAUCAUGCGGUAUGUGAGAAUGCUGCUCCCGGAUAUAACUGUUUGUGUCCCCAGGGGUACGUGGGGAAACCGGAUGCGAAAAUUGCUUGUGAACAGGCCGAUGUUAACAUACUGUGUACCAGUAACUUUGACUGCACCAACAACGCCGAAUGUAUCGAGGGGCAGUGCUUUUGCCAGGAUGGGUUCGAGCCUCAGGGAUCAAGCUGCAUCGACAUUGAUGAAUGUCGCAUGGACAGCAAGGUUUGUGGACCAUCUGCGAUGUGUAUCAACACUCCCGGAUCUUUCAAAUGUCAAUGCGAAGCCGGUUUUAUCGGAACACCGCCAAGAAUCCAAUGCAAGACACCCUGCGCUGAUGUCAAAUGUGGGAAGAAUGCCUACUGUAAGGCUGAAGGACAGGAAGCUUUUUGCAUUUGCGAAGAAGGUUGGACAUUCAAUCCUGCUGACAUUUCCGCAGGUUGCGUUGAUAUCAAUGAGUGUGAUCCUUCGCAAGGACCUAGUGGAAGGUGUGGCGUAAAUUCGAUCUGUUCGAAUCAACCCGGUAGCUUUAGUUGCCAAUGUCCCACGGGAUUUACCGGUGACGCGAAUCGACAAUGCUACGAUAUAGACGAAUGCUUAAGGCCUAACGCUUGUGGUGAAAAUGCCAUCUGUAAAAACCUAGAGGGAACCCACCAAUGUUCCUGUCCGACAGGUUCCAUUGCUGAUCCUGACCCUAGUGUAAGAUGUAUUACCAUUGUAACAUGUACCAAAGAUCACGACUGUCCAGGUAACGCAAUUUGCGAUGCCCAGAAACGAUGUCUCUGUCCAGAACCAAAUAUUGGAAAUGAUUGCCGGCAUCCGUGUGAAAACACUGCCUGCGGACCUAACUCGCACUGUAUGUUAGUUAACGGAGAAGCCCAAUGUUUGUGCAGUGAAGGAUUCACUGGUCAUCCCGGGCAGUGCGUCGAUAUUAACGAAUGUUCUGGUAAUCCAUGUCCAAGCGGUGCAAUCUGCUCAAAUCUGCCCGGUGGUUACACAUGCCAGUGUCCAGGUGGAAGCUCAGGUGAUCCGUACUCUGGAGGUUGCUCAAAAUCUGCUCUGCACACAUGUAGCGAACAAAAUCCUUGUCCCAACGGAGAAAAAUGCAUCCAAGAUGUAUACAGUGGAAACAGUGUAUGUAUUUGUGGGCAAGGUUAUAAACGAAAUUCAAAAGGCACCUGUAGAGACAUCAAUGAAUGUAAAGAUCCCAAUAAACCGGCAUGUGGUAUUAAUGCCAUUUGUAAAAAUCUACCGGGAAGCUACGAAUGUCAAUGUCCUCCAGGAUUCAAUGGGAAUCCAUUUCUUUCGUGCGAAGAAUGCAAUAGAUUGGAAUGCAAGUGCCCUGCUCCCUACAAAUUUGUUGACGGGAAUUGCGUCCUGGACAGCUGCUCUCCCGACGGAAAAUGUCCUGGUGGUGCUGAAUGUAUCUCGAUUACGGGAGGAGUAAGUUAUUGUGCUUGCCCGAAAGGUUUUCGAACACAAGCGAAUGGAAAAUGUGAAGACAUUGACGAGUGUUCCGAAGGUCGACAGGUGUGUGGUUACGAUGCAAUCUGUAUGAACACUAUUGGAGGGUACGAAUGCAAAUGUCCGCUAGGAUUCUCCGGAGAGCCUUACCACGGGUUGUGCGCACUAGCUCAGAAACGCUGUACUGCUGAUCGCGAAUGCGGAGCUAACGAAAAUUGCGUUCAACCAGGGGAGUGUGUGUGUCCUCCACCCUUCUACAUGGAUGCUUACGAUUCCAACAAAUGCAAAAGCCCGUGCGAAAGAUUCCCUUGCGGAAUUAACGCGCGCUGUACACCAACAGACCCACCGCAGUGUAUGUGCGAGAUCGGUUAUAAAGGCGAUCCACUGACCGGCUGCGUAGACGAGGAUGAGUGCGCUAAUACACCGUGUGCCUAUGGAGCACAGUGUGUUAAUCAGAAGGGUGGAUACAAAUGUGUCUGCCCGAAGGGGAUGGUCGGAGAUGCAUACAAAGGUGGCUGCAUACUGGAAGAAGGCUCAAUUAGAAGUCAGUGUCGACGGAAUGAAGACUGUGCAGACACUUUAGCUUGCGAACGGGGAACAUGUGUUAGCCCCUGUAGUAGUUUGCUGUGUGGUACCAACGCCUACUGCGAGCCAGAUAAACAUGCCGCUUGGUGUCGUUGUAGAGUGGGAUUCGUCGAAGGUCGUAACGGAGAUUGUGUGUCACAAUGCACCGGAUAUAUGUGCGGCCAAGGCGCCAUUUGUAUUGUCACGAACAGUGGACCGACCUGUAAAUGUCCACCAGGAGAAUUGGGCAAUCCAUUCCCAGGUGGUUCAUGUGUUACCGAUCAAUGCUCCGGGAAUCGCCCCUGUACAGAGCCACAGGUUUGUAUCAGCGGACGUUGUAAACACAAAUGCGAUGGCGUCGUUUGCGGCAUUGGCGCUACCUGCGACAGUGCUACAGGAAAGUGUAUAUGCGAACCAUUCUUUGUUGGUAAUCCGGAAAUGCUGUGUAUGCCACCUAUCACCACACCAGAAUGUGAACCAGACUGUGGACAGAAUGCGCACUGCGAAUACGGGGUAGUUCAAAAUACUUGCCAAUGCAAUCCAGGAACUAGUGGUAAUCCGUACGGAAUUUGUGAAACUAAGCAGAAGAACAGUUGCAGUCGAUCGACUUGUGGGAAAAAUGCUGAGUGCCGCGAAACGCUGAGUUCUGUCGAGUGCAUAUGCCCGAAUGGUUUCUUUGGCAAUCCCUAUGUGCAGUGUCAAGACAUUGAUGAGUGCUCAACGAGCAACGUGUGUGGUGAAGGUGCCGUAUGUAUCAACACAGCUGGAAGCUUCGAUUGCCGCUGUAAGCCAGGUCACGCAGGAAAUCCAUUCACAAUGUGCUCUCCUAUCGAGAAAAGCAUCUGCGAUAAUCCGAGACGCUGCCAGUGUGGGAAAAAAGUUCAGUGUCCUCCGGGAUAUACAUGCGAUCGAGGGCUUUGCAAAGACCUAUGCGCAAAUGUCAACUGCGGACCUAGAGCUGCCUGCGACUCGGGAAGGUGCGUUUGUCCACCUGGGUACAGCGGAAAUCCCAAAGAUCUUCGCAGUGGAUGCGCUCAGGAAGGUCAAUGUGAUAAUGACGCAAAUUGUAAGGACAAGGAAAUAUGCUUUCAAUUCGGAAAGGGAGUACGAAAAUGCGUUGAUGCUUGCAGCAAGCUACAGUGUGGACCAAAUGCCCUGUGCGUAUCCAAUGAUCACCGAUCUACCUGUAUUUGCGCCAAUAGCUAUAGCGGCAAUCCUGGUGAUCUGAUGCUAGGGUGCCAAAAAGAAGCCAAGAUUGUGGAGCAGUGCAAAGAUGAUACGGCAUGCAGCGAAGGAAAAAUAUGUGCCCUUACAGAGACUGGAUUACGAUCGUGUGUCAGUCCGUGCAAUGUUGUCGAGUGCGGUGUUAACGAGGUUUGCAAACCUGACAAGCAUAACAAUCCUAUCUGCCAUUGUCAGGAUGGAUUUCUGUGGAACCCAGCAAUGUCUGUUUGCGAGAAACCAUCGAUUCCAGAUUGUACCAACGAUGAAGACUGUCACCAAGUAGCAGCCUGUCGACAGGAUGUUUUGGGAAUUCUUAAGUGCACACCGGUAUGCGCAGAGUUUACAUGCCCAGCGAAUUCCGUUUGUGUUUCUUCGAAUCACCGAGGAAGCUGUCAAUGUCUACCUGGUUACACCGGCAAUCCCAACGACAGAAAUGGCUGUCGUCCAGAGUUACAGGAUAAAUGUCUUACGAGUGCAGAAUGCUCCGAGUCUGAUGCCUGCGUAACAUAUAAAGGAGCACUGGCAUGCCGACCGGCUUGUGAAAAUAUACAGUGCGGUCCUCAUGCCAUCUGCAUCAGUAAUAACCAUAACGCUCAAUGCCAAUGUCCACCCGGGUCUUACGCAGGUGAUCCAUAUGAUUUAACAAAAGGAUGUCAAUCCGUACCCUGCGUGUACAACAACGAUUGUCCGCCAACGCAAAUGUGCAACCGAAUUACUCACACCUGCUAUGAUAUCUGCCAAGAAGAUACUUGUGGAACCAAUUCAGUGUGCAUAGCUGAGAAUCAUCGCUCUAUCUGCCAAUGUCCACCCGGUUACAAAGCGAAUCCAAUCGCCGAAGUGGAGUGUGCACCUUUGAGAUCCUGUGAGCCAAAUCCAUGCCAUCCAUCAGCUAUCUGUGAGGCAGGACCGGAUGGUCAUAGCUGCAAAUGUCCUCUGGGUCAAGUAGGAGAUCCUAUGACCGGUUGUCGACCCGAAGGUGCCUGUCCAAAUGGAGACCUACAGUGUCCUGAAAGCUCAGCCUGUGUCAAUGGCAAGUGUGUCGAUAUUUGCGCGAAUGCAUGUGGCAUCAAUUCGAAGUGUACCGUAGUAAAUAGAACACCAGUAUGCGAAUGUCGAGCGAAGUACGUCCCAGGGGUGACGGGAAUAGCACGGGAUGGAUGUGUCCGACAGGUUAGCAAGUGCAUCAAUGAUCUGGACUGCGGUGGAGAUGUCUGUCAGAAUGGCCAGUGCAUGGUGGCAUGCCGCAAUUCGAAAGACUGCUCGGAAGGAGAACGUUGUGUAAACAGUGUGUGUACACAGCCUUGUUCUAGCCACAGCCAGUGUAGCGAUGGACAGGCUUGCAUCGGCGGAGGUUGCCUUAUUGGCUGUAGAAGCAAUAAAGAUUGUAGUAGUUCUAAGGCAUGUAUCGGUAAUAAAUGUAGCGAUCCCUGCGACUCUGAAGGAACUUGUGGACCAAACGCAAUUUGUAAUUGCGUUGAUCAUAUACCGAGCUGCAAAUGUCCUCCUGGAUUCGAAGGAAACCCGAUUCCGGAACAAGGAUGUGUUCGGAUGCCUUCUUCCUGUACCAACACAGCUGAAUGUGCCCCCAGCCACAUGUGCAUAGCAAAUCAGUGUAGUCUACCGUGCUCGGAAACAACGGCGUGUGCCGUUGGGGAAAGAUGUCACAAUAGUGUGUGUGUGAAGGUUUGCUACACUAACAACAAUUGCCUUCCAGGAGAAGUGUGUAAUGAGGCUGGAACCUGUCAACCAGGCUGCAGCACAGAUGCCGACUGUCCGUCCCAAAAAGCGUGUUUGGCAAGCAAGUGUAAGUGUAUGAAAGGUUUCAUUGGCACUCCAUUUGGCUGUUCCGAUAUCGAUGAGUGUACGGAUAAUCCGUGUCAUUCAACGGCUAUCUGUGAGAACAUUCCUGGAUCUUAUCGGUGUGCAUGCCCUGCAGGAACAGUCGGAGACGCUUAUUCUAAUCCAGGCUGUCGACUACCGAAUCAAUGCUACAAAAACACUGACUGCGCAGAGAACUUGGCUUGCGAUGAAGGAAAAUGCAGAGAUCCUUGUCAGUUGACAAAGUGUGGAUUAAAUGCUGAAUGUCAUACUCUCGAUCAUGUGGCGGAGUGUCAAUGUCCGCCAGGACAUCUGGGAGAUGCUCGUGAUACAACAGUUGGUUGUUUCCGAGUCGAAUGUUUAACAAACGAUGAUUGCGGCCAGGAUAGACACUGUUUGAAGGAAACCAAUAAAUGUGUCAACCCAUGCGACCUUGUUGACUGUGGUAAGGGAGCCUGCCGUAUUGAAAACCACGAGACCAUAUGUUCCUGCUUCCAAGGAUACGAUGUAGUUGGUGGACGUUGCGAAGAUAUAGACGAAUGCAAAACCAACCCAUGUCAUGAGAGCGCUCGAUGUCAGAAUUCGCCGGGAACCUACACAUGCUCGUGUCCGGAUGGUUUAGUUGGCGAUCCUAUCAAUACUGGAUGCCGAAGUCCAGAUGAAUGUAUCACAAACUCGGACUGCCCAACUUCCGCAGUGUGUGAAGAAUCACGUUGCAAAAAUCCCUGCACCAUCAAAAACGCCUGCGGAGAAAAUGCUAUUUGUAGUGCUGUAGGACACGCAGCUGUUUGCGAGUGUGCAUCAAAUACUCGCGGUGAUCCAAAAGUCAAGUGUCGUAAAAUCGAAUGUACGGAAAGCAACGACUGCUCUGCUAGUCAAACUUGUAUCAACUACAAAUGUGUCGAUCCAUGCUCGCUGAAAAAUGCGUGCGGCCAAAGUGCAAACUGCGUAUCGGAAAACCAUCUAGCAGUCUGCUCGUGUCAACCAGGAACAACGGGAAAUCCCCUACUUGGGUGUGUACCGCUGCAAUACUGUAACAGCGAUCAGCAAUGUCCGGCAGGAACGAAAUGUAACGCAGGUGUUUGUUGUGCUCUGUGUUCAAGUAAUCGAGACUGUAUUAGCGAUCAACUGUGCAUUCAAGGUGUCUGUCAGCCAACCUGUCAAACCAACUCCAGCUGCCCCGAUUUUCAGUUUUGUCAGAACAAUAUUUGUACCCAGGAAUUCAAGUGUCGUUCAGACGACGACUGUGACCCGGAUGAAACAUGUAUCGUAGAUUCAACAGGUCGCUCAGAAUGUAUUAACGCUUGCUCAGGACGAGUGCUGUGUGGAAGGAACGCCGAGUGCUCGGCCAGAGAUCAUUCAGCAGUAUGCGGAUGUAAAGCAGGGUUUUAUCAGGAUACCAGCGGGACUUGUCGGAAAAUUGAAUGCCAAACAGACGACGAUUGUUCCGGUGAUAAAACCUGUGAGAGUCACACGUGUAAGAUUGCUUGCCUGAUCGGUGAACCCUGUGGAUCCAACGCUCUUUGUUCAGCAGAAAACCACAAACAGGUCUGCUACUGUCAGCCAGGAUUUACCGGAGACCCAAAAGCGGGCUGCACUUUGGUUGAUUUCUGCAAAGAGUCUCCUUGUGGACCCAACGCGAAAUGUCGAAACAGUCGCGGAUCUUAUCGAUGUGCUUGUCCUGCUGGCUUGAUAGGUGAUCCCUACAGUAGUGGGUGUAAGAAGGCGGCCGAAUGUGAAACGAACUCCGACUGUCCAGAUGUUGCGAUUUGUGAUAAGUCAAACGUUGAACCGAAAUGUAGGGACGUGUGCGCGACUGUUAGUUGCGGUCCGAAUGCAGAAUGUCAAUCGAGGAGUCACAAUGCGGUCUGCCAGUGUCGUAGCGGAUAUGAAGGUGAUCCUGACGAUCUCCUCAACGGAUGCAGACCAUUAAGUCUACCUUGCAAGUUGAAUAGCGAUUGUCCAGAAAAUUCGUACUGUUAUGGACACAUCUGCAAACCGGCUUGCUCAGGCACCGAAGAGUGCAAUCAGGAUGAAGUCUGCUCCCGAGGCCAAUGCAUUAAUCCCUGCCAUGAACCGAACGCUUGCGGAAUGAAUGCACAUUGUCUUAUGGCAGGACAUUAUAAGCAAUGCUCCUGUCCUCCCGGGUUUACUGGAGAUUCUGCACUGGAGUGUGUGAGAAUUCCAACCCUAUGCGCUUCUAGUGCUGAUUGCGUUGAAGGUACAGCUUGUCAUGAAUCGAUGUGUUUGCCACGAUGCGGAACUGAUCAGGAAUGCGCUUUGAAUGAGAAGUGUAUUGGAAAUAAGUGCAUGCUUACUUGCCGGCUAGAUAACGACUGUUUCCUUGGACACAUCUGUCUAAACGGUCGCUGCGUCUACGGGUGUCACUCGGAUGAUGAUUGUAGUGCCAGUGAAACAUGCCGAGAAAAUCACUGCACUGAUCCAUGCCGCGAUAACCCCUGUGGGCCUAAUGCCGCUUGCACCGUUGUGAAUCAUCGUGCUAGCUGUUCUUGUAUCAGCGGAAUGGUUCCAAGUCCAACCGCAAAAAUUGGAUGUAUCCGUGCGCCCGCGCUUCAGUGCACGGCAAACAGAGAUUGUACCGAUGGAACGCAAUGUAUCGAGAAUCUUUGCCGACCGGUUUGUGCAAACGAUCAAGGUUGCUUGAACAAUGAACGAUGCGAUCGUGGAACUUGUAAACCGAUUUGUAGACGAGAUGACGACUGUCGAUCGGGAGAGGUCUGUCAAGGACAAACUUGCAUGGUCGGAUGUCGAUCUGAUUCUGGUUGUCCUGCCCACCUAGCUUGCGUUAACCAACAAUGCGUAAAUCCUUGCCUCGAACCAACGGCUUGUGGAACAAAUGCACAGUGCGCAGUAGUCAACCAUAGAAAACAAUGCUCUUGUCCUUCUCCGCUCACCGGAGAUCCUCUGACUGGAUGUCGUUCUGAACAACGAUCUUGUCAAGCAAGAACAGACUGCCCAAAGGGAUAUGCUUGCUAUGGAAACUCAUGUAUGUCAACCUGCCGCAAUGAUCAAAACUGCCUGACCGAUGAGCGAUGUAUUCGUGGCACCUGUAGAACGGUGUGCAACAGCGAUGCCUCUUGCUCAGAUGGAUUGAUCUGUGAGAACAGAAUCUGCCAAGCUGGAUGCCGAACUGAUAACAACUGCCCUAACAACCAAGCAUGCGUCAACAAACAGUGCACAGAUCCUUGUACGGUACUCGGUCAAUGUGGUACCUGUUCGGAAUGUACCGUAGUUAAUCAUGGAGUUCAGUGCAGUUGUCCCAAUGGGUAUCUCGGAAAUCCACUAGUUUCUUGUGCGCCACCUCCUCAGAAAUGUAAUUCCUAUUGCUACUGCGACGAAGAAGGUGUGUUCUGUGCUGACAAAUGCCGACAAGCGAAGGACUGUUCGUGUGGACAAACCUGUUACCGAGGAAGGUGUCGCACCAAGUGUAAUCCAGGAGCCUGUCCCGCAGGACAACUGUGUCAAAAUGGAGCUUGUGUAGCAGGUUGCCGAUCGAAUGCAGAUUGUGCAGCUGAGCGAUCAUGCGUGAAUAAGAAAUGCGUCGAUCCGUGUGCUGGAGGUAAAGCCUGUGGUAAAAAUGCAAUGUGCCAGGCAGCUGAUCAUCAAGCCUUCUGCUUGUGCCCCGAUGGAUAUCAAGGCGACCCGCGCGAAGAAUGCGUACAAUACGAAUGCCAAACGAACGAAGACUGCGAACUGGAUAAGAAGUGUGUUGUUGGAAAGUGUACCAAUCCAUGUCUGGAGCCCGACGCUUGCGGUUUGAACGCGCAAUGCCGUGUCGUAAACCGCCAGGCGCAAUGUUCAUGUACUCCCGGAUUUUUCGGAAACGCCCGACAAGAAUGUCAACCACUGCAAAAAGAUAGUUGCUCGCAGAACCCUUGCGGAGAGAACACAAUUUGCCGAGAGGACGCCAACGGAUACGAAUGUUCCUGCCAACCGGACUGCAUGGGAGACCCCCGACAGGGUUGCUUGUGUCAAGGCAAGCAAACAAACAAAUGUCACAAAUUUCCAUGCGGUAAGAAUGCGGUCUGCCGAGUUACAGCCCACGACCAGCCGGAGUGCUACUGCCCUCCGCUGUAUUCGGGAGGCGACCCGUACACCGAAUGUACUAACGAACGAACUGUCACCGACUGUCGAACUACGGGAUGCGCAGAAGGUGAAUGUGUACGUGACGGCACGAAGUUCAUCUGCCGUAAUGACGAGUCCUGCGCAAACGAUAUGCAAUGUCCCAAUGAAAAGGCGUGCAUUGGAGGGAAGUGUUCCGAUCCUUGCUCACUACGGGGUGCCUGCGGGGAUAACGCACUGUGCCAGACGAUUUUCCAUAGGCCCCAAUGUUCAUGUCCUAGCUGUUACGUGGGUAGACCUAAUGCGGAGUGCAAGCCCGAUCCAAAAUGCCAUGAAGUAAACACACAAAAACCAAGCGAUCCCAAAAUAGUAUCGAUAGCGUGCGAAAGGGACAACGACUGUGAUGAGUCACUGCGAUGUGACGCAAGUGGGCAGUGCAGUGAUCCGUGCACUAUUCCGACCGCAUUCGUAUGCGAUCCGAAUAAGAAAUGCAUCUCACGGAAGCAUCGGCCCGUUUGCGUUUGUAAGCAUGGCUUCAUCGUUAAUGACUAUGGUGAGCUGAUUUGUGCUCCGGAGAAACGCGAAUGCCACGGCGAUGAUGGAUGCGCCUCUAGUAUGGCUUGUAUUGAUGGCAAGUGCGUCAACCCUUGUAUGCCCAGCGCCAACCGAGGUCCAGCUUGCCCAGACGACAAAGCAUGCCUUGUGAUGGAUCACAAACCCACCUGUAUCUGUAUGAAGGAUUGCAGUCCUUCUCUCUCGAUAUGCCUGCGAGACAGCGGCUGUCCGCCAAACCUCGCCUGUCGUAACUAUCAGUGUGUCAAUCCUUGCGAGACCACUUCGUGUGCUGACGACACACCGUGCUUUGUCGAGAAUCAUAGACCGAUUUGUAAAUUCUGCCCACCCGGAUUCGUGAAAGAUGCCCAUCAAGGAUGUUUGAAAGCUACAAAAGUAAAAGAUGAUGAACAAGAAGUACAUAGGGAUCAGCAACACGAGACGGCGCCCGGCACCUGUUCGACACACUCCGACUGCGACGAACAGUUGCAGUGUUUAGCGGGCCGUUGUCUUGAUCCGUGUAGGUCUGGUUGUGGUCAAUCGGCAUUAUGCACUGUUAAGGCACACGUUCCAAUCUGCACCUGUCCUCCCCAGCACUACGGUAAUCCCAACCGAAAGUGCAUUCCAACUGUUCCUACCACCACCGCUGACGACAAGGAGGGGCAAGUCGACACGGGUGCGACGACAACUCCGGAAAUCGAAAUAUCGAUAACCACCGAUGAGCAUGGAUUCUACGAUGGUGAUAAUAUAGACCGAUCGGAUGUGUUCAGUACAUUCGAGAUAGAAAUGGACACGGAAAGUACACGUGAAUCUUUGUCAAGUAGCACAACAGCUACAAUCGAUGUGUCUACCAAGAGCCAUCUUGAUGUUACUGAAGCCGAAUUGCAGCCUACGACUACGAAGACUUAUAUUAAAAUACCCAUAGAUGAUCACGAAUUUAUAACUGAAAAGCUACCAAAAGUAUCAACAAUACCCGAUGACAAUUUACUGCUCGUUACACAAGUAGAAACUACUACAGCAAGUUUUGCGAAUACUACAGUGCUCAACUCUCAGACGACUGAAAACCUAACGCUAACUCAAACGACUACUGCUAUCGCAUCUACGGAAACUUAUCCUACUACAACAGCAAGCACUAGCAGCAAACCUACGGAUACUACUGGAGAACUUGAAGCAAACAGUACCCUUAAACCAACGUCGACUAUUGGCACUACAGAAGAGAUAACAACAAUAUUGUCUCGCGAGCAAGAGUACACAACCAUUCGAGAGCAAAUCACAUCAGAGGAAAUAGGAACACCUACUUCCCAAGAGAGUCACACUCUGCCAACAACUUCUCAUCCUGAUACGAGUUCGGCAGCAUCUGUUUCUGUUACCGGAGCCACAGCAUCUAGCAAACUGACAACGGGUGAGCAGACAACUUCAAUCUUUGAGACAACUACAAAUGUAGAAUCUUUAUCGCAUUCCGACACGGAAAGACCAAUGACAACCUCCAUCCGCACAACCGGAAAUACCUCACCAACUGUCAUGAUGGUUGAAUCUAUUUCAGAAGGCUCGACACAAGCUUCGAUUGAUCUGUUAACAACAACUGUAGUUUCUUAUCCGUUGUUCAAUCAAACAGAAUCGUACAUAAUUGAUAAGAACCAAUCCGUCACCACGAUUAUAUCAGAAUUUCUUACAACAAUUCCAACGAGCUCUGUCGUAACUUUUUCCGAUAAGGAAACAACCUCGCUCCCAUCGACAACGGCUUCAACCACAACUCGCAAAACCCCGGACAUACUCGCAAAACAAGACCGUAAAACUACAGAACUGGAAACAGAAAUACCCCCUAUAAUGUUAACUCGUCCGUCAACUCUCCCGGAUGUGCUUAUUAACCGCAGUACGACCGAGAGCUACAACGAGUUUAUGUACGAUCGCGAGGGAAUGGUUAGACCUAUCAAGAAACCCAACGAUACGACCACCAUCAAACCGAGCAAAGAGCAUAAGGGAACCGAAACGGGAGUUUACUACAUCGAUGAUACAACCACUAUCUCAUCCAGCACGGUUGAUGAGCAAACCGAGCACGAUAGAAGCAUUCCUCUAUCGACUAGCACGUAUGAAAGUGACGAUGACGAGGGUGAUGAUUACGAAGAUGGUAGCGGGAGAGAAGAUAUCACCCAACAACCGAAUGAUACCACUCACAAAGCUACGGAAAUGGUUAUCAGCUCUACACUAGCAGGUAUAGAAAUUGAAACUACAGCUGAUCGAAAAGAUUCUAUGGUAACUGUAGUUACCUCGACAGAAAGCUCUUCUACUGUAGAAGGCUCAACAAUUAGCGAUCGAUCCAUGGUCAGUUCUAUACUAUCGGAUUCGGAAACUGAAACUAUAGAUAGGAUAUCUGAAAGCAUUACAACAGAGAGGUCUACUCCUGUAGAAGGCUCAACAAUUAACGAUCGGUCCAUUGUUAGUUCUACACUAUCGGAUUUGGAAACUGAGACCACAGAUGAUCGGAAAAAUGCUAGGGUAACUAAAAUUACUACAACAGAGAGUUCUUCUACCAUUGAAGACUUCCCAAUUAGCGAUUCGCCUAUCGUCAGCAUUAUACUACCGGACAUGGAAAAGGAGACCACGGCUGAUCGAAAAGAUGCUAGAGUAACUGUAAUUACUACAACGAAAAGCUCUUCUACUGUAGAAAGCUCAACACUAUCAGAUUCGGAAACAGAGACCACAGUUGAUUCGAAAAAUGUUAAGCUAACUGAAAGCACUACAAUAGAGAGCACUUCUACUGUAGAAGCCUCAACAGUUGGCGAUCAGUCUUUCGUUAGCUCUACACUACCAGGCACGGAACCCACAGUUGAUCGAAAAAAUCCUACAACAGAGAGCUACAGCUACGAUAUUACUACAACAGAGAGCUCCGUUGAAGGCUCAACAGCUGACGAUCGGCCAUCGUCCACGAUUAUUAAUACUGAUACUUCCCUAGUCGACAAGACUACAUCAACAGGCACCGAAAGUACCAUGAGAAGUCACCCCGAAUCUACCCCUAGUAGCGAUUUAACAACGCUUGACUACACAACGCUCGACGCUGACAAAGUCAUCACCUAUAUCUUCGACACAGCGACGACUAUGAAAACUCUCGGUUCAAUUCAAAAAUGCAUAUCAGACAACCAGUGUCAGUACAACGAAACCUGUGUCGACUACGCCUGUGCCGAUCCUUGCCAGUUAAGCAAUCUCUGUCCUGAAAACAUUCCCUGCCUUACCGUGAACCACGAGCCCAAGUGCAUUUGCAAUAAAGCUGAUCCGGUUGAUUCAGCAAAUUGUAUUGAAGAAUCAGAGAUUGGAUGUAGACACAACGACGAGUGCCCCGCAGAACGAUCGUGCAUCAACGGAGUCUGCAUCAAUCCAUGCCACGACGGAAAUCCAUGCGAGUCUGGCCAGGAGUGUGAAGUGCAAAACCGUGAACCGGUGUGCAUCAAACUAUGUCAAUGCCAAAAGACGAGCGAUUGCCCCUCCGGUUUGCAGUGCGAUGGAUGCAACUGUAUAGACCGGGACAACGUGGGCCGAGAUCCUGGGUGUGAACACUGUCCGCCAGGUAUUCCGUGCAAUCCCAUCACCGGUGCCUGCAUCAACGAAUCGCCCGGCACACCUAAAAAACCAGAACCGUGCCAAUCAAAUGAGGACUGUAUCGAAACGGAGGUUUGCUAUAGGGAGAUGUGCGAGGAUCCCUGCCUUUUUGAUGGGGUAUGCGCACCAACGGCAACGUGCCACGCCAAAAUGCACCGUCCAAUCUGUGCCUGUCCGACAGGACACGAGGGUAACCCGAUGAUCAAGUGUACCCCAGUCAAAUCAAUUCAAUGCACCUCCAACGACGAAUGUCCUUUGCUGGAAGCCUGUGUCGGUAACGUAUGCCAGCGACCCUGUGAUGUUAAAAACCCGUGUGCACCCAAUGCGGUAUGCAUUAACCGGAACCACGGUUCCGAGUGUAGUUGCAUCGAAGGCUAUCACGGAAACGGUUUUGUGUCUUGUCACCCAGUGACUACGCCAGGUUCCGUGUGUCAGUAUAACGAGGAUUGUCCUCCAGAUAAGUUGUGUGACCGAUUGAACCGAGUUUGUAUCAACCCUUGUCAGGAAGACUCUUGUGGUGAUAAUGCCGAAUGUUUUCCACGAAACCACGGAAUAGAAUGUCGAUGUAGUAACGGCUUUUCCGGAAAUGCAUAUAUUGAAUGUGUCCAGCUCCACGGAUGUCGUUCUGACAGUGAAUGUAGCACUUCGGAAGCUUGUAUCAACGGUCAGUGUGCGUCUCCUUGCCAGUGUGGACCAUACGCUCUUUGUGACGUUCGCAACCAUAAACCACAAUGCCGGUGUCCUCCAGGCUACAAAGGUGACGGACGUCUAGGAUGUAGUCCACCGACUAACCCUUGUGACCCGAAUCCAUGUGGACUUAAUGCCAUGUGCGAAAUCGAUGCUGGUAGCCCGAUUUGCUUCUGUCCGAAAGGGUUAACUGGCAACCCGUUUAAGAAUUGCAUUCCCGAGGGAGAUGACUGCACACCGAACCCAUGUGGACCAAAUAGCGGUUGUCGAAAGAUCAACGACCAAGCUGCCUGCUUUUGUUUGCCAGAAUUCGAAGGAAGCCCACCGGAAGUACCAUGUAAAUUACCUCAAAAUCCAUGCGAUCCAUCACCGUGUGGACCGAACACGCAGUGUGCUAUCCUUAGCAAUGGAUAUGCAAAAUGCACCUGUCUUAGCGGAUACAUCGAAAGUCCUAACACUAUUCGCGGUUGCAUUGAACCGAAAAAUCCAUGUGAUCCAAAUCCUUGCGGUUUUGGAGCCAUAUGCGACUCAUCGCGAAAUCCAGUUUGCUACUGUUCGGAAGGAAUGGUCGGAAAUCCAUUCCGAAGCUGCGUUGAGCCUGUGGUUACCCCAGAACUAUGCAAACCCGGUCCAUGUGGAAGAAAUGCCGAUUGUUAUAUCGCUGAAGGCAGGGAGCAAUGUUACUGCCGUUCAGGAUACGUUGGUGACGCAUAUGUUGGUUGCGUUGAGCAGCCUCGUUCUGUUUGUGAGCCGAAUCCAUGCGGACCGGGUGCGGAGUGUUUGGUGCUUCCCGAUGGGAUACCGGCUUGUAGAUGUCCACCAGGACAUAGCGGAGAUCCAACUACCGCAGAAGGAUGCCGUGGUUUUGAGUGUCGUGUGGAUGACGAAUGUGCUGCCGACAAAGCAUGCAUCGGGUUUCAGUGUUUAGACCCCUGCCCGGGUGCAUGUGGAAGUGGAGCGUACUGCAAAGUAGAAAAACACCACCCCGUCUGUUUCUGUAGUGCCGGACUUACGGGUAAUCCAGCGAUUCGUUGUUACUCAAUGGAUGAACCAGUUCCUGAAAACCCCUGCAAAAAUAAUCCUUGUGGAGUUAAUACUCAAUGCACGGUACGGAACAGAAGACCAGUCUGCAAGUGCUUACCCAACUAUAGGGGAGAUCCCAAGAAAGGUUGUAGAGCAGAGUGUGAAUUGAACUCCGACUGUCCCUCGGACAAGGCUUGCGUUAACCGUCGUUGUACUCCACCAUGCAACGGAGCCGUGUGUGGUGUGAAUGCAGAAUGUCAUGUUGAGUAUCACACACCUAUGUGUAAAUGUCCUAAUGGUUUCACAGGAGACUCCUUUGUGCACUGCGUGCCAAUACCAGAAGACAGAAAUAUGACACGGCAACCCUGCGAAUCCUCACCUUGUGGUCCUCAAGGAGUCUGUUCUGUCUAUGGUGAUGGUGUGGCCCUCUGUGACCCAUGUUCGGCACCUGAUGCAAUCCACAACCCACGCUGUAGACCGCAGUGCGUACUAAACACCGAUUGUCCGUUUAAUCUCGCUUGUCUUCAAGGAAAGUGUCAAGAUCCAUGUCCUGGAUCUUGUGGAUACAACGCACAGUGUAUAGUAGAACAACACCGUCCAGUAUGUUCGUGUCUUCCGGGAUUGUACGGUAACCCCUAUGAACGCUGUAUUCAACAAGACACACCUCUGGAAACAUGCGAUACAAUCCGAUGUGGUGCCAACACCGAAUGUAAGAGGAUGGGAGGUGUAUUGGCAUGUGUUUGUAGAAAGAAUUAUUACGGAGAUCCACUAGUCGGAUGCAGACCAGAAUGUGUGAUUAAUACAGAUUGUCCGGUAAGCAAAGCAUGCUUGAAUAACCGAUGCCAAGAUCCGUGUGUUGGGGUGUGUGGUGUACGUGCACUCUGCAAAGUUGUGAAUCAUCUGCCUGUAUGUCACUGUCCACCAACACACACAGGAGACGCUCUAAUAGCGUGCACCGAAAAAACAUAUCUACCUCCAGACGAAACGCCAUGUGAUCCGAACCCUUGUGGCCCUAACAGUAAAUGUUUGUCAACUCCUGACAACUAUGCUGUAUGCUCAUGUUUACCAGGCUUCCGAGGAAUGCCACCUGCCUGCCAAGCUGAAUGUACGAUCAACGCUGAAUGUCCGCAGAACAAGGCUUGCAUCAAUCUGAAAUGUAUUGAUCCAUGUCCAGGAACAUGCGGUGUCGGAGCAAGAUGUGAAGUAUUGAACCAUAAUCCAAUUUGCAGCUGUGGACCGAACCAGCAAGGUGAUCCAUUUGUUAUUUGUGAGUCUAGACAGAAUGAGCCUGAACCGGAGCCAAAGAACCCUUGUGACCCAUCACCAUGUGGUCAGAAUGCAAUUUGUCAGGUCAAACGGAACCGUCCAGUGUGUUCGUGUCAACCUAACUUUAUUGGAAGUCCGCCAUAUUGCCGACCAGAAUGUGUACUGAGUACUGAGUGUCCCCAGGACAAAGCUUGUAUUAACGAGAAAUGUCAAAAUCCGUGUGCAAAUGCGUGCGGAGUAAACGCUGAUUGUCAUGUGGUGUCUCACUCGGCAUACUGCAACUGUCGUCCAGGGUAUGAGGGAGAUGCAUUCAUCGGUUGCUCUGAGGUUCCGAAAGUAACUCCACAGAAAGAUGUUUGUUACCCAAGUCCGUGUGCUGAUAAUGCAGUGUGUAGUGAGGUAAAUGGUGCAGCAAAAUGUACCUGUAUUGCUCCGUAUCUGGGUGAUCCGUACAAUACUGGUUGCAGACCAGAAUGCGUUCUUCAUUCUGAUUGCCCUAGUCAUUUGGCAUGUGUGAAUCAACAUUGCCGCGAUCCUUGUCCAGGAAAAUGUGGAUCAAAUGCCGAAUGUACCGUUGCCAAUCAUAUUCCAGUUUGUGAAUGUCUCAGAGGGUUUAUUGGAGAUGCGUUCCGCGGAUGUCGUAAAGAUGUACCCAUCGCACCUAAGGAUCCAUGUGCGCAAUGCCCGUCCAAUAGUGUAUGCCGAAUCGUGCAAGGACGCCCAACCUGCUCGUGUCCAGAAGGUUACCGUGGAGCACCUCCGGCGUGCAGACCGGAAUGCUCAAGUAAUGAAGAGUGUCGCCACGACCAGAGUUGCAUAAAUCUCAAGUGUAAAGAUCCAUGUCCCGGAUUGUGUGGAACCAACGCACAGUGCCAGGUCAUUAACCACAAACCCUUCUGUAGUUGUCUACGGGAUUACUACGGUAAUCCAUUUGAACAGUGUAUGCCGAAACCGAAAGAACCGGAAGAUCCGUGUCGACCGAGUCCUUGCGGACCGAACUCCGAGUGCCGCGAAUUAAACCAACGUGCGGUCUGCUCCUGCGUGCCAGGUAUGCUAGGAACUCCUCCAAACUGCCGACCAGAGUGUGAAACUCAUCAAGACUGCCCAGCGAACCGAGCGUGUUUCGGUCAGAAGUGUAAGGAUCCUUGUGUUGGAUCUUGCGGUUUUAAUGCACAGUGUAUUGCUCGUGACCAUCGGCCAGAGUGCUACUGUAUGGAAGGAUAUGAAGGUGAUCCAUAUAAUGGGUGCAACCCGAUCGUCCGAGAUGAGAUCAUAAACCCUUGCAAUCCGUCGCCAUGUGGAUCAAACGCUAUUUGUAAAGAACGUAAUGGUGCUGGUUCGUGUAGUUGCAUGCAAAACUAUUUCGGAGAUCCUUAUGUCAGCUGUAGACCAGAGUGCAUUCAAAAUUCCGACUGUCCGUACGAUAAAUCAUGUUUCAACACAAAAUGUGUCGAUCCAUGUAUUGGUACUUGCGGUUUGAACGCUGAGUGUCGUGUACAUAAUCACUCUCCUUUAUGCACGUGUGUAUCUGGAUAUGUGGGAAAUCCUUCACAGGCCUGCCAUCCCGUGGUUUUAGAAAGUAAGCUCUAUCCUAUUGUGUGUACCCUAUGCGUGUUUCUAACUCUUCCUGUAUUCCUCUAUGUAUUAGAACCUAAAGAAGAACCUAUCAAUCCUUGUGUGCCAUCACCUUGCGGUCCAUAUAGCAUUUGUCGGGUGUUUAAUAACCACGCUGUUUGCACAUGUCAAAGCAAUUGCAUCGGAGCACCACCGAACUGUAGACCGGAAUGCAUGCUCAAUUCCGAAUGCUCCAGGGACAAAUCAUGUGUUAACCAACGAUGCAUCGACCCAUGUCCAGGAACAUGUGGUAUCAACGCACGAUGCCGGACUGUUAACCACAAUCCAAUCUGUAGCUGUAAUCCUGGAUUCAUUGGUGAUGCGUUUGUGCGCUGUACUCCCGAGCCGAAACAACCUAUCCUGCAAGAGGAACCCAGAAAUCCUUGUCAACCAUCUCCCUGUGGUUCAAACGCAAUAUGUCGAGUUCAGUCUAAUCGCGCUGUCUGUUCAUGUGUGGCCAAUUACAUCGGACGACCACCGAACUGUCGACCGGAGUGUGUUGUAAACUCUGAAUGUCCGAUGAGUUUGGCUUGCGUGAACGAAAAAUGUACCGAUCCCUGUCGUGGGUCAUGCGGACCAAAUGCCGAAUGUAGAGUUGUAUCACACAGACCCAUGUGCACCUGUUAUCCCGAUUACACGGGUGAUCCCUUCUCCGGUUGCAAUAGAAUACAAAUUUAUCACGAACAACCCAUGCCUUGCACGCCUAGUCCAUGUGGUGUAAAUGCCAUUUGUAGAGAACAAAAUGGAGCUGGAUCUUGUUCUUGCCUUCCGGAAUAUUUUGGUGAUCCUUACGUGGGUUGCCGGCCAGAAUGUGUCAUGAAUAGUGAUUGUCAGAGGACGCGAGCUUGCAUCAAUAGUAAAUGUGUAGAUCCAUGCCCUGGUACUUGCGGUUCCAAUGCGGAGUGUCACGUAGUUAAUCAUUCACCCACAUGCACUUGCAUUGCUGGUUUCAUUGGGAAUCCAUUUACUUCAUGUACGCCAAAACCCCAAAUUCAAGAGGAACCUAUCAACCCAUGCCAACCAUCGCCUUGUGGUCCAAACAGCCACUGUCGUGUUAUCAACAAUCAUGCCGUUUGCUCUUGUAGUCCGAAUUUCAUCGGAACUCCCCCAAGCUGCCGACCGGAAUGUGUCGUUAGUUCCGAAUGUCCCCUGGACAAGGCUUGCUUAAGACAGAAAUGUAAAGACCCUUGUCCAGGCACAUGCGGAAUUAACGCACGAUGCCAAGUGGUCAACCACAACCCAAUCUGCAGUUGCAAUAACAAAUUCACGGGUGAUCCUUUCGUACGAUGUGUCCCUGAAGAACAACCAAGACCAAUCGUUAGCGAUGUCCCUUGUGAACCAUCGCCUUGUGGACCCAACUCUCAAUGUAGGGCUAUUGGCAACACUGCUGUCUGCUCCUGCCUUCCGAACUAUAUUGGGCGAGCUCCCAACUGCCGUCCAGAAUGUACUUCAAACUCUGAAUGCUCUGCCAUGCUUGCAUGUAUCAACGAAAAGUGCAAAGAUCCAUGUCCAGGAUCUUGUGGCUCGUAUGCCACAUGCGUCGUGCAAAAUCACCAACCUAGUUGCAAAUGUUACGAUGGUUACACCGGAGACCCGUACUCAGCUUGCAUGCAAACGCCAAUUUACCGCGAGCCCGAAAACAUCGAUCCGUGCAAUCCUUCGCCAUGCGGAGUGAAUGCGGAAUGCAACAUGCGAAACAAUGCCGGUUCUUGCACUUGUUUGCCAGACUAUUUCGGUGAUCCCUAUCACGAAUGUAGGCCGGAGUGUGUUCUGAACACCGAUUGCCCCAAAACACGUUCUUGUUUGAACAACAAGUGCAAGGAUCCGUGCCCUGGAAUGUGUGGUCUAAACGCGGAAUGUUUCGUAUCCAAUCAUGCCCCGACUUGUUCGUGUAUUGCCGGAUUCACGGGCAAUCCUUCGGUUGUAUGUCACGAAAUUCCCAAAUUGGCGGAUCCGAUGCCAGUAAAUCCAUGUAGACCAUCACCCUGCGGACCGUACAGUGAAUGUCGCGAAGUUAAUCAACAUGCGGUAUGUUCGUGCCAGAAAAAUUACAUCGGUACUCCUCCGGCAUGUCGUCCUGAAUGUACCGUAAGCUCCGAGUGUGCUCAAGAUAAGGCUUGCUUGAAUCAAAAAUGCGUCGAUCCAUGUCCUGGAACCUGUGGACUAAAUGCACGAUGCAAUGUCAUCAAUCACAACCCAAUCUGUAGUUGCCCCGUUGACUUUACCGGUGAUCCGUUCGUUCGCUGUCUGCCAGAAGAAAAGCCCCCGGAACCUAGAGAACCAGAAAAUCCAUGCCUCAACAAUCCGUGUGGUCCAAACUCACAGUGUCGCGCUGUCGGGUUCGUACCCGCCUGUUCGUGUCUGCCAAACUACGUCGGACGGGCUCCGAACUGUCGUCCGGAAUGUACAAUUAAUUCGGAAUGCCCGGGAAAUCUUGCCUGUAUCAACGAGAAAUGUCGCGAUCCGUGUCCGGGAUCUUGUGGCCCUAAUGCCGUCUGUAACGUGAUCAACCAUUCCCCCGUGUGCUCCUGUUCAUCCGGCUACACCGGUGAUCCCUUCUCUGGGUGUAUGGAUAUUCCUACUCCACCAAUACGAGACGAAUCGAGGGAUCCUUGCAAUCCUUCGCCGUGUGGAUCGAAUGCGGUGUGUAAAGAACGUAAUGGUGCUGGUUCUUGUACAUGUUUACCGGAAUACUUUGGCGAUCCGUACAGUGGAUGCCGUCCGGAAUGUGUGACCAACAGCGACUGUCCACGUAACAAGGCUUGUGGUAAUAAUAAAUGUAAAGAUCCCUGUCCUGGUGUUUGUGGGCGCAAUGCCGAGUGUUACGUGGUCAAUCAUUCACCCAGUUGCGUAUGCAUUUCCGGAUAUACCGGGGAUCCACUGUCAGCUUGCCAUGAACCGAUCCCUCCGAAGCAAAACGAUCCAAUCAAUCCAUGCUCACCGUCCCCCUGCGGACCAAAUAGCUUGUGUCGUGAAAUCAACGGGCAUGCCGUUUGUUCUUGCCAAACUGGCUACAUUGGAACUCCGCCAAGUUGUCGACCGGAGUGUGUCGUCAGUUCCGAAUGUGCCAUGGACAAGGCUUGCAUUCAGCAAAAAUGUCAAGAUCCCUGUCCAGGCACGUGUGGACAGAACGCACGCUGUCAGAUCGUCAAUCACAGCCCUAUCUGUAGCUGUUCUCCCGGCUUCACUGGGGAUCCUUUCCAUCGGUGUCUACCAGAAGAGAAAACUCCUGUGGUAUCUGAACCUAUUGAUCCAUGUGUGCCAUCCCCCUGCGGACGCAACUCGCAGUGUCGGGCCGUAGGCAAUACGCCUGCCUGCUCUUGCCUACCGAAUUACAUCGGCCGGGCACCCAACUGCCGACCGGAGUGUAUGAUCAAUGCAGAAUGCCCUGCAAAUCUGGCUUGUGUAAAUGAAAAAUGUAAAGAUCCUUGCGUGGGCUCAUGCGGUAUCAACGCAAUUUGCACUGUAAUUAAACACAGCCCUGUUUGCGAAUGCCAGACUGGAUUCACUGGUGAUCCGUUUUCAGUUUGUACAGAAUUCACUGUCUCACGCGAACCAGAGCAGGUCAAUCCUUGUAAUCCGUCACCGUGUGGAGCCAACGCAGUCUGCAAAGAACGUAACGGUGCCGGAUCCUGUACAUGUCUUCCGGAUUACUUCGGUGAUCCUUACACCGGUUGCCGACCUGAAUGCGUUCAAAAUUCAGAUUGCGACAAGUUCCGAGCAUGUGCCAACAACAAGUGUAAGGAUCCCUGUCCUGGAGUUUGCGGUCUGAAUGCGGAAUGUCGAGUUCAGAACCAUAGUCCUAUCUGUCUAUGUUUAGAGGGAUACACUGGCAAUCCUUCAAGAGGUUGUGUUGCGGAAAUAGUAACUGAGAGACCUAAAGCGGAAGGAUGCUAUCCAUCUCCGUGCGGUCCAUACAGCCACUGUCGUGAAGUGAACGGACAUCCAGUGUGCUCCUGUCAAUCGGGUUACAUAGGAUCGCCACCUUCUUGUAGGCCGGAAUGUGUAGUCAGCUCGGAAUGUAACCAAGAUCGAGCUUGUGUGAACCAAAAAUGUACUGACCCUUGUCCAGGUACAUGCGGAACAGAGGCACGAUGCCAAGUUGUAAACCACAAUCCCAUAUGUAGCUGUCCGCCAGGAUUCACCGGAGAUGCGUUCGUUCGGUGUGUGAAGAAAGAAAUUCCAAAAGAUACACCGGAACCUCUUGAUCCAUGUUUACCUUCACCAUGUGGACCAAACGCUCAAUGCAGAGUUGUUGGAACUCAGGCUGCCUGCACUUGUCAACCAAACUACAUCGGCCGACCACCGAACUGUCGCCCGGAAUGCACGAUCGAUGCCGAAUGCCCUAGUGACCUGGUCUGUCAAAACGAACGGUGUAUUGAUCCAUGUCCGGGAGCCUGUGGGCACAAUGCAAUCUGCCAAGCGAUUAACCAUCGAGCUGUCUGCGUUUGCAACGAUGGUUUCGAUGGUAAUCCCUUGGUGCAAUGUGAUCGAACCCUACCACCGGUAACCGAAAGACUGACACCAUGUACACCAUCGCCGUGCGGACCUAAUGCUGAAUGUAGAGAGCGAAACAAAGCCGGAGCUUGUUACUGUUUGCAGGGAUAUGAAGGAAACCCGUACGAUGUCUUCUCCGGCUGUCGACGAGAAUGUGACGUGAAUAGUGAUUGUACCGAGAAGCUGGCUUGUGUGAAUUACAAGUGCAUUGAUCCCUGCCCAGGAGUAUGUGGAAAUCAAGCACUGUGCGAAGUCGUCAACCACGUUCCGACGUGUGUCUGUCCAGAAGGAAUGGUAGGUGAUCCAUUCACCCGCUGCGAACUGCGACUGGAAGAAGAACCCCUUACGAAAUCACCUCCAGUGUGUGAUCAGAGUACGUGUGGUCCUAACAGUAUUUGUCGUAUCCAAAAUGGUGUCGCAGUUUGCAAGUGUCAACCGGAGAUGAUCGGAAGCCCACCAAACUGCCGGCCAGAAUGUUCACAAAGUUCAGACUGCGAUUCGCGGAAGGCGUGUGUUAACUAUAAGUGUAUCGAUCCAUGCCCAGGAUCGUGUGGAGUAAACGCCAAAUGUCAAGUUAUCAACCACAACCCGAUCUGUAGUUGCAGUGCCGGUUUCACAGGCGAUCCUUUCUCACGAUGCGACAAAGUAAUUAUCCCCGUCACGAAAGCACCGCCAACGCCCUGUAUGCCAUCACCUUGUGGACCGAACGCGGAAUGCAAGGUAGUCGGCAGUAAAGAAGCAUGUUCUUGCCUACCAAACUACAUAGGAUCGCCACCGAACUGUCGCCCCGAAUGUGUUCUCAGCACCGAAUGUGCACAAACCCAAGCCUGCAUUCGGCAAAAGUGUACUGACCCAUGCCCUGGAUCGUGCGGUCUGAAUGCCAAGUGUUCCGUAGUGAAUCAUACGCCCAGCUGUUCCUGCGAGCAAGGAUACACCGGCGAUCCGUUCACCGGCUGCCAACCGAUAGAGGCUGACUACCCCGUGUUGGUAUCGUCCCCAUGUGCUCCCAGUCCCUGCGGGGCCAACGCUGUCUGCCGGGAGCAGAACGGGGCCGGUUCAUGUACCUGUAUCGAAGAUCACUUCGGCAACCCGUACGAAGGUUGUCGUCCCGAGUGUGUCCUAAACUCCGACUGUCCCACCAACCGUGCCUGUGUUCGUAACAAAUGCCAGGACCCGUGCCCUGGAACCUGCGGUCAAAAUGCCGAAUGCCAAGUAGUCAAUCACCUGUCCUCGUGCACCUGUAUCGAUGGAUACGAGGGUGAUCCGUUCCGAUUCUGUGCCGCCAGGCAGAGAGAGCCUAUUCAACAAUAUGUCAAUCCCUGUAAACCGACCCCUUGUGGUUCCAAUAGCCAGUGUCGAGAAAUUAAUGGACAAGCUGUUUGCUCAUGUUUGCCUACAUAUAUCGGUACUCCACCGGGUUGCCGUCCAGAAUGUGUCAGUAGUUCGGAGUGCUCACUGGACAAGGCAUGUGUCAACCAGAAAUGUGUUGAUCCUUGCCCUGGAACCUGUGGAUCCAAUGCACGAUGUAAUGUAAAUAAUCACAGCCCAAUAUGCUCUUGUCAGUCCGGAUACACGGGGGAUCCAUUCACACGAUGCUAUCCAAAUCCACCCCCACCUCAAGAUACUCAAAUUGUGGCACGCGAGCCAUGCGCUCCAUCGCCAUGUGGGCCAAAUGCCCAAUGUAGGAACAUUAACGGUGUGCCAUCUUGCUCUUGUCUAGUCAACUACAUUGGAUCACCGCCUAAUUGCAGACCGGAAUGCACAAUCAGUGCUGAAUGUCCCAGUAACCAAGCCUGUAUGAGCGAAAAAUGCAGAGAUCCUUGCCCAGGAUCAUGUGGUAUCGGAGCACAAUGCAAUGUUAUAAAUCACACACCCGUAUGCACGUGUGGAACAGGUUACACGGGAGAUCCAUUCACUAAUUGCUAUCCUGCGCCACCUCCACCGAGAGAACCAGUCAAUGACGAUCCGUGCAAUCCAUCACCUUGUGGGCCUAACGCGCAGUGUAACAAUGGGAUUUGCUCAUGUCUACCGGAAUACCAAGGUGACCCGUAUCAAGGUUGUAGACCAGAGUGCGUACUCAAUUCUGAUUGCCCUCGAGAUAGGGCUUGUAUUCGUAGUAAAUGCGUUGAUCCUUGUCCAGGAACCUGUGGACAAGAUGCGGUUUGUGAAGUCAUCAAUCACAUACCGAUGUGCAGUUGUCCAGCUGGUAGGGCUGGAAAUGCAUUCGUGCAAUGUAGACCACACCAGACACCAAUAGCAACAAAUCCGUGCAGUCCAACGCCUUGUGGACCAAAUAGUCAGUGUCGUGAAAUCAACGGGCAAGCCGUUUGCUCCUGUGUACCAGGAUUCAUUGGUAGUCCUCCCAUCUGUAGACCAGAAUGCGUCGUCAGCUCAGAGUGUCCACAAAACCAGGCAUGCAACAACCAGAAAUGUCGAGAUCCUUGUCCUGGAACUUGUGGCGUUGGAGCUCGUUGCACGGUAGUCAAUCAUAAUCCGAUUUGCAGUUGUCCUGAAAGGAACACUGGCAACCCGUUCAUCCGUUGUCAACCAAUAGUUGAACCUCCAGUUCAAAUGACUCCAACGAAUCCGUGUCAACCAUCUCCGUGUGGUUCAAAUGCCCAAUGCAGACCCGUUGGUGAGUCCCCAUCGUGUACUUGUUUAGAGAAUAUGAUAGGGUCCCCUCCCAACUGUAGACCCGAGUGUAUAAGCAACUCUGAAUGCCCUAGCAAUCAAGCAUGUAUUCGUCAGAAGUGCCAAGAUCCUUGUACGGGAGCGUGUGGUUCUAACGCUGAAUGCAGGGUUGUCAGCCAUACGCCAAUGUGCAUCUGUGCAGAGGGUUUCACUGGUGAUCCCUUUUCCCAGUGUGUACAAGUCCAACAUGACAUAUCAAGAGAACCAGUAUCCCCUUGCACACCUAGUCCAUGCGGAGCAAAUGCUAUCUGCCGAGAGAAAAAUGGUGCCGGCUCUUGUACUUGUAUCGAGGAUCACUUUGGCAAUCCAUAUGAAGGUUGUCGGCCGGAGUGUGUGCUCAAUUCAGACUGUCCCUCAAACCGAGCAUGCGUCAGAAAUAAGUGCCAAGAUCCAUGCCCUGGCACUUGUGGCCAAAAUGCUGAAUGUCAGGUUGUUAACCAUCUUCCGUCAUGCACAUGUUUCCCAGGUUACGAAGGAGAUCCAUUUAGAUUCUGCAGCGUACAACAACCUAUUCAAGAAUAUAUGAACCCGUGCCAACCCAGCCCAUGCGGUCCUAACAGUCAAUGUCGGGAAAUUAAUGGACAGGCAGUGUGCUCUUGUCUUCCCACAUAUAUUGGAUCUCCUCCGGGAUGUAGGCCAGAAUGUGUCACGAGCUCAGAAUGUCCUUCGGACAGAGCCUGCAUUAACCAAAAAUGUGUAGACCCAUGCCCGGGAACAUGCGGCACUAAUGCUCGAUGUAACGUUAACAAUCACAGUCCCAUCUGCUCUUGUCAAUCGGGAUACACUGGAGAUCCAUUCACACGAUGCUAUCCAAAUCCACCUCCUCCACAAGACACUCAAAUCAUUACCCGAGAUCCAUGCGCUCCUUCGCAUUGCGGUCCCAAUUCUCAGUGUAGAAACAUCAACGGUGUACCCUCCUGCUCGUGUUUAACCAACUAUCUCGGAUCUCCACCCAAUUGUAGACCAGAAUGUUCGAUAAACGCAGAAUGUCCAAGUAAUCAAGCUUGUAUGAAUGAAAAAUGUCGAGAUCCAUGUCCGGGAUCGUGCGGUAUUGGGGCCCGAUGCAACGUGAUCAAUCACACCCCAAUUUGUACUUGCGAACCUGGUUACACCGGAGACCCCUUUACGAAUUGCUAUCCUGAGCCACUUCCACCGAGAGAACCGGUCAACGAUGAUCCAUGCAAUCCGUCACCUUGUGGGUCAAAUGCGCAAUGUAGUAAUGGCAUUUGCUCGUGCCUACCGGAAUACCAAGGAGAUCCGUAUCAAGGUUGCAGACCAGAGUGCGUAUUGAAUUCUGAUUGUCCACGAGAUAAGGCCUGUAUUAGAAGUAAAUGUGUCGAUCCUUGCCCUGGAACAUGCGGACAGGACGCGAUAUGUGAAGUUAUCAACCACAUACCAAUGUGCAGCUGUCCAGCUGGUAGACAAGGAAACGCAUUUGUACAAUGUAGACCCCAGCAAACCCCGACGGUCACGAAUCCAUGCAACCCAACUCCAUGCGGACCUAAUAGUCAGUGUCGUGAAAUCAAUGGCCAGGCAGUAUGCUCUUGUGUACCAGGGUUCAUCGGAAGCCCCCCUACGUGUAGACCAGAGUGUGUGGUUAGCUCGGAGUGUCCUCAAAACCAAGCCUGUAAUAAUCAAAAAUGCCGAGAUCCAUGUCCUGGAACAUGCGGGAUCGGAGCUAGAUGCUCGGUCGUAAAUCAUAACCCAAUAUGUAGCUGUCCGGAACGAUAUACUGGUGAUCCUUUCUCGCGUUGCCAACCCAUAAUCGAAGCACCUGUUCAAAUGACCCCAUCUAACCCCUGCCAACCCUCGCCUUGUGGGCCUAAUGCCAUUUGUAGACCAGUGGGCGAUUCUCCCUCGUGCACUUGCAUUGAAAAUAUGGUUGGAACACCUCCGAACUGCCGACCAGAGUGCGUCAGUAAUUCAGAGUGUGCGAGUAAUCAGGCGUGUAUCAGACAAAAAUGUCAAAACCCUUGUACCGGAGCUUGUGGAACAAAUGCUGAAUGCCGAGUCGUUAGUCACACUCCAAUGUGCAUUUGUUCUGUCGGAUUCACCGGUGAUCCAUUCAGUCAGUGUAUGCCUGUACAACAAGAUGUCCCAAGAGAACCGUCUUCACCUUGCAGUCCAAGUCCGUGUGGAGCCAACGCCAUCUGUAGGGAACAAAACGGUGCUGGUUCCUGUACUUGUAUGGAAGAUCAUCUCGGAAACCCGUACGAGGGAUGUCGACCAGAGUGUGUUCUAAACUCAGACUGUCCUUCGAAUCGCGCAUGUGUACGGAACAAAUGCCAAGAUCCAUGUCCAGGAACGUGUGGACAGAAUGCAGAUUGUCAAGUCGUCAAUCAUUUGCCAACGUGCACGUGUAUUGCAGGAUACGAGGGCGAUCCAUUCCGAUUCUGCAGCGUGCAACAAAGAGAACCAAUUCAAGAAUACGUAAAUCCUUGCCAACCCAGCCCAUGUGGCCCUAACAGUCAGUGUCGAGAGAUCAAUGGCCAAGCUGUGUGCUCAUGCCUUCCAACAUAUAUCGGAUCACCUCCUAGUUGUCGUCCUGAAUGUGUCACUAGUUCAGAAUGUUCUUUGGACAGGGCCUGCAUUAACCAAAAAUGUGUCGAUCCAUGCCCGGGUACAUGCGGCACCAAUGCUCGGUGUAACGUUAAAAAUCACAGUCCCAUCUGCUCUUGUCAAUCGGGAUACACUGGAGAUCCAUUCACACGAUGCUAUCCAAAUCCACCUCCUCCACAAGACACUCAAAUCAUUACCCGAGAUCCAUGCGUUCCUUCGCCAUGUGGUCCCAAUUCUCAGUGUAGAAACAUCAACGGUGUACCGUCCUGCUCAUGUCUAACCAACUACCUCGGAUCUCCACCCAAUUGUAGACCAGAAUGUUCGAUAAACGCAGAAUGUCCAAGUAAUCAAGCCUGUAUGAAUGAAAAAUGCCGAGAUCCUUGUCCAGGAUCGUGUGGUAUUGGGGCACGAUGCAGUGUUAUCAAUCAUACACCAAUUUGUACUUGCGAGCCCGGUUACACUGGUGACCCCUUUACGAAUUGUUAUCCUGAGCCACUUCCACCGAAAGAACCGGUCAAUGAUGACCCAUGCAAUCCAUCACCUUGUGGACCAAACGCGCAAUGCAGUAAUGGAAUAUGCUCGUGCCUACCGGAAUACCAAGGAGAUCCGUAUCAAGGUUGUAGACCAGAGUGCGUGUUGAAUUCCGAUUGUCCACGAGAUAAGGCCUGCAUUAGAAGUAAAUGUGUCGAUCCUUGCCCUGGAACAUGCGGACAGGACGCGAUAUGCGAAGUUAUUAAUCACAUCCCAAUGUGCAGUUGUCCUACUGGUAGGCAAGGAAACGCAUUUGUACAAUGUAGACCUCAACAAACUCCUAUGGAGACAAAUCCAUGCAACCCCACUCCAUGCGGACCUAAUAGUCAGUGUCGUGAAAUCAAUGGACAGGCAGUAUGCUCUUGUGUACCAGGAUUCAUUGGAAGUCCCCCUACUUGUAGACCAGAGUGUGUUGUUAGCUCAGAGUGCCCUCAGAAUCAAGCCUGUAACAAUCAAAAGUGUAGAGAUCCUUGUUCUGGAACAUGCGGCAUCGGAGCUAGAUGCUCGGUCGUAAAUCAUAACCCAAUCUGCAGCUGUCCGGAACGAUAUACUGGUGAUCCUUUCUCACGUUGCCAAGCCAUUAUCGAAACACCUGUUCAAAUGACCCCAUCUAACCCUUGCCAACCCUCGCCUUGCGGUCCUAAUGCCAUUUGUAGACCAGUUGGUAAUUCUCCCUCGUGCACUUGCAUUGAAGAUAUGGUGGGAGCACCUCCGAACUGUCGACCAGAAUGCAUCACAAAUUCAGAGUGUGCAAGUAAUCAGGCGUGUAUCAGACAAAAAUGUCAAAACCCUUGUACCGGAGCUUGUGGAACAAACGCUGAAUGCCGAGUCGUUAGUCACACUCCAAUGUGCAUUUGCUCUAUCGGAUUCACCGGUGAUCCAUUCAGUCAAUGUACACCUGUACAACAAGAUGUCCCAAGAGAACCAUCUUCACCUUGCAGUCCAAGUCCUUGUGGAGCCAACGCCAUCUGUAGGGAACAAAACGGUGCCGGUUCCUGUACUUGUAUGGAAGAUCAUCUCGGAAACCCGUACGAGGGAUGUCGACCAGAGUGUGUUCUAAACUCAGACUGUCCUUCGAAUCGCGCCUGUGUACGAAACAAAUGCCAAGAUCCAUGUCCAGGAACGUGUGGACAGAAUGCGGAUUGUCAAGUCGUCAAUCAUUUGCCAACGUGCACAUGUAUUGCGGGGUACGAUGGUGACCCAUUCCGCUUCUGUACCGUGCAACAAAGAGAACCGAUUCAAGAAUACGUAAAUCCUUGCCAACCCAGCCCUUGUGGUCCUAACAGCCAGUGUCGAGAGAUCAAUGGCCAAGCUGUGUGCUCAUGCCUUCCAACAUAUAUCGGAUCACCUCCUAGUUGUCGUCCUGAAUGUGUCACUAGUUCAGAAUGUUCUUUGGACAGGGCCUGCAUCAAUCAAAAAUGUGUCGAUCCAUGUCCGGGUACAUGCGGGACCAAUGCUCGGUGUAACGUUAAAAAUCACAGUCCCAUCUGCUCUUGUCAAUCGGGAUACACUGGAGAUCCAUUCACACGAUGCUAUCCAAAUCCACCUCCUCCACAAGACACUCAAAUCAUUACCCGAGAUCCAUGCGUUCCUUCACCAUGCGGUCCCAAUUCCCAGUGUAGAAACAUCAGCGGUGUACCCUCCUGCUCAUGUUUAACCAACUACCUCGGAUCUCCACCCAAUUGUAGACCAGAAUGUUCGAUAAACGCGGAAUGUCCAAGUAAUCAAGCCUGUAUGAAUGAAAAAUGCCGAGAUCCGUGUCCAGGAUCAUGCGGUAUUCGGGCACGAUGCAGCGUGAUCAAUCACACCCCAAUUUGUACUUGCGAGCCCGGUUACACUGGAGAUCCAUUUACAAAUUGCUAUCCUGAGCCACUUCCACCGAGAGAACCGGUCAAUGAUGAUCCAUGCAAUCCGUCACCUUGUGGACCAAACGCGCAAUGUAGUAAUGGAAUAUGCUCGUGCCUACCGGAAUACCAAGGAGAUCCGUAUCAAGGUUGUAGACCAGAGUGCGUGUUGAAUUCCGAUUGUCGACGAGAUAAGGCCUGCAUUAGAAGUAAAUGUGUCGAUCCUUGCCCUGGAACAUGCGGACAGGACGCGAUAUGCGAAGUUAUUAAUCACAUCCCAAUGUGCAGCUGUCCUGCUGGUAGGCAAGGAAACGCAUUUGUACAAUGUAGACCUCAACAAACUCCUAUGGAGACAAAUCCAUGCAACCCUACUCCAUGCGGACCUAAUAGUCAGUGUCGUGAAAUCAAUGGACAGGCAGUAUGCUCUUGUGUACCAGGGUUCAUUGGAAGUCCCCCUACUUGUAGACCAGAGUGUGUGGUUAGCUCGGAGUGUCCUCAGAAUCAAGCCUGUAACAAUCAAAAGUGUAGAGAUCCUUGUCCUGGAACAUGCGGCAUCGGAGCUAGAUGCUCGGUUGUGAAUCACAACCCAAUAUGUAGCUGCCCGGCACGAUAUACUGGUGAUCCUUUCUCACGUUGCCAAGCCAUUAUCGAAGCACCUGUUCAAAUGACCCCAUCUAACCCUUGCCAACCCUCACCUUGUGGUCCUAAUGCCAUUUGUCGACCAGUGGGCGAUUCUCCCUCAUGCACUUGCAUUGAAGAUAUGGUUGGAGCACCUCCGAACUGCCGACCAGAAUGCGUCAGUAAUUCAGAGUGUGCAAGUAAUCAGGCGUGUAUCAGACAGAAAUGUCAAAACCCUUGCACCGGAGCUUGUGGAACAAAUGCUGAAUGCCGAGUCGUUAGUCACACUCCAAUGUGCAUUUGCUCCGUCGGAUUCACCGGUGAUCCAUUCAGUCAGUGUACACCUGUACAACAAGAUAUUCCAAGAGAACCAUCUUCACCUUGCAGUCCAAGCCCGUGUGGAGCCAACGCCAUCUGUAGGGAACAAAAUGGUGCCGGUUCAUGUACUUGUAUGGAAGAUCAUUUCGGAAAUCCGUACGAGGGAUGUCGACCAGAGUGUGUUCUAAACUCAGACUGCCCUUCGAAUCGCGCCUGUGUACGAAACAAAUGCCAAGAUCCAUGUCCAGGAACGUGUGGACAGAAUGCAGAUUGUCAAGUCGUCAAUCAUUUGCCAACUUGCACGUGUAUUGCGGGAUACGACGGUGAUCCAUUCCGAUUCUGCAGCGUGCAACAAAGAGAACCCAUUCAAGAAUAUGUGAAUCCCUGUCAACCCAGCCCUUGUGGUCCUAACAGUCAGUGUCGAGAGAUCAAUGGCCAAGCAGUGUGCUCAUGUCUUCCCACGUACAUCGGAUCACCUCCUAGUUGUCGUCCUGAAUGUGUCACUAGUUCAGAAUGCUCCUUGGACAGAGCCUGCAUCAAUCAAAAAUGUGUCGAUCCAUGUCCGGGUACAUGCGGAACUAAUGCUCGAUGUAACAUUAAAAAUCAUAGUCCCAUCUGCUCUUGCCAAUCUGGAUACACAGGAGAUCCCUUCACUCGAUGCUAUCCAAAUCCACCUCCCCCACAAGACACUCAAAUCAUUACCCAAGAUCCAUGCGUUCCUUCACCAUGCGGUCCCAAUUCUCAAUGUAGAAACAUAAACGGUGUACCCUCCUGCUCAUGUUUAACCAACUACCUCGGAUCUCCACCCAAUUGUAGACCGGAAUGUUCGAUAAACGCGGAAUGUCCAAGUAAUCAAGCCUGUAUGAAUGAAAAAUGCCGAGAUCCGUGUCCAGGAUCGUGUGGUAUUGGGGCACGAUGCAGUGUGAUCAAUCAUACACCAAUUUGCACUUGCGAGCCCGGUUACACUGGAGACCCCUUUACGAAUUGCUAUCCUGAGCCACUUCCACCGAGAGAACCGGUCAAUGAUGAUCCAUGCAAUCCGUCACCUUGUGGACCAAACGCGCAAUGUAGUAAUGGAAUUUGUUCGUGUCUCCCGGAAUACCAAGGAGAUCCGUAUCAAGGUUGUAGACCAGAGUGCGUGCUGAAUUCUGAUUGUCCACGAGAUAAGGCAUGUAUUAGAAGUAAAUGUGUCGAUCCUUGCCCUGGAACAUGCGGACAGGACGCGAUAUGUGAAGUUAUUAAUCACAUACCAAUGUGUAGUUGUCCUGCUGGUAGAGCUGGAAAUGCAUUCGUGCAAUGUAGACCUCAGCAAACCCCGACUGUGACGAAUCCAUGCAACCCUACUCCAUGCGGACCUAAUAGUCAGUGUCGUGAAAUCAAUGGACAGGCAGUAUGCUCUUGUGUACCAGGGUUCAUUGGAAGUCCACCUACUUGUAGACCAGAGUGUGUGGUUAGCUCGGAGUGCCCUCAAAGUCAAGCCUGUAAUAAUCAAAAGUGUAGAGAUCCUUGUCCUGGAACAUGCGGCAUCGGAGCUAGAUGCUCGGUUGUGAAUCACAACCCAAUAUGUAGCUGCCCGGAACGUUAUACUGGCGAUCCUUUCACACGUUGCCAACCCAUUAUUGAAACACCUGUUCAAAUGACCCCAUCUAACCCUUGCCAACCCUCACCUUGUGGUCCUAAUGCCAUUUGUCGACCAGUGGGCGAUUCUCCCUCAUGCACUUGCAUUGAAGAUAUGGUUGGAGCACCUCCGAACUGCCGACCAGAAUGCAUCAGUAAUUCAGAGUGUGCAAGUAAUCAGGCGUGUAUCAGACAAAAAUGUCAAAACCCUUGUACCGGAGCUUGUGGAACAAAUGCUGAAUGCCGAGUCGUUAGUCACACUCCAAUGUGCAUUUGUUCUGUCGGAUUUACCGGUGAUCCAUUCAGUCAGUGUAUGCCUGUGCAACAAGACGUUCCAAGAGAACCAUCUUCACCUUGCAAUCCAAGUCCGUGUGGAGCUAACGCCAUCUGUAGAGAACAAAAUGGUGCCGGUUCAUGCACUUGUAUGGAAGAUCAUCUCGGAAACCCGUACGAGGGAUGUCGACCAGAAUGUGUUCUGAAUUCAGACUGUCCUUCGAAUCGCGCUUGUGUACGAAAUAAAUGCCAAGAUCCAUGUCCAGGAACGUGUGGACAGAAUGCAGAUUGUCAAGUCGUCAAUCAUUUGCCAACGUGCACGUGUAUUGCAGGAUACGACGGAGAUCCAUUCCGCUUCUGUUCCUUGCAACAAAGAGAACCCAUUCACGAAUACGUAAAUCCCUGUCAACCCAGCCCUUGUGGUCCAAACAGUCAGUGUCGAGAGAUCAAUGGCCAAGCAGUGUGCUCAUGUCUUCCAACAUACAUCGGAUCACCUCCUAGUUGUCGUCCUGAAUGUGUCACUAGUUCAGAAUGCUCCUUGGACAGAGCCUGCAUCAAUCAAAAAUGUGUCGAUCCAUGUCCGGGUACAUGCGGAACUAAUGCUCGAUGUAACAUUAAAAAUCAUAGUCCCAUCUGCUCUUGCCAAUCGGGAUACACAGGAGAUCCAUUCACUCGAUGCUAUCCAAAUCCACCUCCCCCACAAGACACUCAAAUCAUUACCCGAGAUCCAUGCGUUCCUUCACCAUGCGGUCCCAAUUCUCAGUGUAGAAACAUCAACGGUGUACCCUCCUGCUCGUGUCUAUCGAACUACCUCGGAUCUCCACCCAAUUGUAGACCAGAAUGUUCGAUAAAUGCAGAAUGUCCAAGUAAUCAAGCCUGUAUGAAUGAAAAAUGCCGAGAUCCGUGUCCAGGAUCGUGUGGUAUUGGGGCACGAUGCAGUGUGAUCAAUCAUACACCAAUUUGUACUUGCGAGCCCGGUUACACUGGAGAUCCCUUUUCGAAUUGCUAUCCUGAGCCACCUCCGCCGCGAGAACCGGUCAAUGAUGAUCCAUGCAAUCCGUCACCUUGUGGACCAAAUGCGCAAUGUAGUAAUGGAAUUUGUUCGUGUCUACCGGAAUACCAAGGAGAUCCAUAUCAAGGUUGUAGACCAGAGUGCGUGCUGAAUUCUGAUUGUCCACGAGAUAAGGCCUGUAUUAGAAGCAAAUGUGUCGAUCCUUGCCCUGGAACCUGCGGACAGGACGCGAUAUGCGAAGUUAUUAACCACAUACCAAUGUGCAGCUGUCCUGCUGGUAGACAAGGAAACGCAUUUGUACAAUGUAGACCUCAACAAACUCCUAUGGAGACAAAUCCAUGCAACCCUACUCCAUGCGGACCUAAUAGUCAGUGUCGUGAAAUCAAUGGACAGGCAGUAUGCUCAUGUGUACCAGGGUUCAUCGGAAGCCCACCUACUUGUAGACCAGAGUGUGUUGUUAGCUCAGAGUGCCCCCAGAAUCAAGCCUGUAACAAUCAAAAGUGUAGAGAUCCAUGUCCUGGUACAUGCGGCAUCGGAGCUAGAUGCUCGGUCGUGAAUCAUAACCCCAUCUGUAGCUGCCCAGAACGUUAUACUGGCGAUCCUUUCUCACGUUGUCAACCUAUAAUCGAAACACCUGUUCAAAUGACUCCACUCAAUCCGUGCCAGCCCUCACCGUGUGGUCCUAAUGCAGUUUGUCGUCCAAUUGGUGAUUCUCCCUCGUGCACGUGUAUAGAUACUAUGAUUGGAGCACCUCCGAAUUGCCGACCAGAAUGCGUCAGUAAUUCAGAGUGUGCAAGUAAUCGUGCAUGUAUCAGACAGAAAUGCCAAGAUCCUUGCACUGGUGCAUGUGGAUCAAAUGCUGAGUGCCGAGUCGUUAGUCACACUCCAAUGUGUAUUUGCUCAGUCGGAUUCACUGGUGAUCCAUUUAGUCAGUGUACACCUGUACAACAAGAUGUUCCAAGGGAACCAUCAUCUCCAUGCACGCCAAGUCCCUGUGGAGCCAACGCCAUCUGUAGGGAACAAAAUGGAGCGGGAUCCUGUACUUGCAUGGAAGAUCACCUCGGAAACCCGUACGAGGGAUGUCGACCAGAAUGUGUUCUGAACUCCGAUUGUCCUUCUAACCGUGCAUGUAUACGAAACAAAUGCCAAGAUCCAUGUCCAGGAACGUGUGGACAGAACGCAAAUUGCGAAGUCGUUAAUCAUUUGCCAUCUUGUACGUGCUUUGAAAGAUAUGAGGGAGAUCCGUUCCGAUUCUGUAGCCUGCAACAAAAAGAACCCAUCAACGAAUUCGUGAAUCCUUGCCAACCAAGCCCAUGCGGUUCGAACAGUCAAUGUCGGGAGAUCAAUGGUCAAGCUGUGUGUUCAUGUCUUCCGACAUACGUCGGAUCUCCUCCAGGAUGUCGACCUGAAUGUGUCACUAGUUCGGAGUGUUCUUUAGAUAAAGCGUGUGACAAUCAGAAAUGUAUCGAUCCGUGUCCAGGAACCUGCGGAACCAAUGCACAUUGUAACGUUAAAAACCAUAGCCCCAUCUGUUCCUGUCAAUCUGGAUACACUGGAGAUCCAUUCACUCGGUGUUAUCCUAACCAACCUCCCACACAAGACACUCAAAUCAUUGCCCGAGAUCCUUGCAUUCCUUCGCCAUGCGGCCCCAAUUCCCAGUGUCGAAAUACCAACGGAAUUCCUUCGUGCUCAUGUCUAGUCAACUACAUAGGAAUGCCUCCCAAAUGUAGACCAGAAUGUUCAAUCAAUGCUGAGUGUCCCAGUAACCAAGCAUGUAUGAAUAAGAGAUGCCGCGAUCCGUGCCCGGGAUCAUGUGGCAUUGGUGCCGGAUGUAACGUGAUCAAUCACACACCGAUUUGUACUUGCGAGCCCGGUUACACUGGAGAUCCAUUUACAAAUUGUUACCCCGAAUCGCCUCCACCGAAAGCACCAGUCAACGAUGAUCCAUGCAAUCCAUCACCUUGUGGACCGAACGCUCAGUGUAGCAAUGGUGUCUGCUCCUGUCUACUAGAAUACCAAGGAGAUCCAUAUCAAGGAUGUAGACCAGAAUGCGUACUCAAUUCUGAUUGCUCUCGAGAUAAAGCUUGUAUUCGGAGUAAAUGCGUUGAUCCCUGUCCUGGAACCUGUGGACAGGAAGCGAUAUGCGAAGUUAUUAAUCACAUACCAAUGUGCAGUUGUCCAAAUGGAAUGACAGGUAACGCAUUCAUAAUAUGCAGGCCACAGCAGACACCAGUGGAAACGAAUCCAUGUAAUCCAUCACCAUGCGGACCGAACAGUCAAUGUCGUGAAAUCAAUGGACAGGCGGUAUGCUCUUGUGUACCAGGGUUCAUCGGGAGUGCCCCAACUUGUAGACCAGAAUGUGUCACCAGCUCGGAAUGCCCGCAGAAACAGGCUUGUAACAAUCAAAAAUGUAGAGAUCCCUGCCUAGGAACAUGUGGCGUGGGCGCUUUAUGUUCAGUCGUGAAUCAUAAUCCCAUUUGUGUCUGUCCAGAACGCUACACUGGUGAUCCAUUCGUCCGUUGUCAGCUCAUCAUCACACAACCUAUUCAAAUGAACCCGGUUAACCCAUGCCAACCUUCUCCCUGUGGGCCUAAUGCUCAAUGUCGACCUGUGAAUGAUUCACCAUCGUGUACUUGUGUAGAUGGCAUGACUGGUGCACCCCCGAAUUGUCGUCCGGAAUGUAUCAGUAAUUCAGAUUGCACAAAUAGCCUUGCAUGUAUUCAUCAGAAAUGUCAAAACCCUUGCAUUGGCGCCUGUGGCACCAAUGCCGAAUGUAGAGUGGUCAGUCACACUCCCAUGUGCAUUUGCUCCACCGGAUUCACAGGUGAUCCAUUCACACAAUGCUCCAUAGCGCAACAAGAUAUAGAAAGAGAACCAAUUUCACCGUGUACUCCAAGUCCAUGCGGAGCAAAUGCUGUUUGUAAACAGCAAAACGGCGCCGGAUCCUGCUCAUGCGUAGAGGAUCAUUUCGGUAAUCCUUACGAAGGUUGCCGACCAGAAUGUGUUUUGAACUCGGAUUGUCCAUCAAACCGGGCAUGUACUCGCAAUAAAUGUCAAGAUCCGUGCCCCGGAACAUGCGGACAAAAUGCGGAAUGCCAAGUUGUUAAUCACUUGCCGUCAUGCACUUGCUCCACCGGUUAUGAAGGCGAUCCGUUCCGAUUUUGCAAUAUUCAACAGAGAGAACCGGAGCCGAUCUACAAAAAUCCAUGCCAACCUACUCCUUGCGGUCCUAACAGUCAAUGUCGCGAGAUCAAUGGCCAAGCUGUUUGUUCAUGCCUUCCCACGUAUAUUGGGUCGCCUCCAGGAUGUCGUCCUGAAUGUGUCUCAAGUUCAGAAUGUUCGUUGGAUAGAGCGUGUGUCAAUCAGAAAUGCGUCGAUCCAUGCCCAGGAACAUGCGGUACCAAUGCUCGAUGUAACGUUAAAAGUCAUAGUCCCAUCUGCUCUUGUCAAUCGGGAUACACUGGAGAUCCAUUCACACGAUGCUAUCCAAAUCCACCUCCCCCACAAGACACUCAAAUCAUUACCCGAGAUCCAUGCGCUCCUUCGCCUUGUGGUCCCAAUUCUCAGUGUAGAAACAUCAACGGUGCACCCUCCUGUUCGUGUCUAACCAACUACCUCGGAUCUCCACCCAAUUGUAGACCAGAAUGUUCGAUAAACGCAGAAUGUCCAAGUAAUCAAGCUUGUAUGUAUGAAAAAUGCCGAGAUCCUUGUCCGGGAUCGUGCGGUAUUGGGGCACGAUGCAGUGUGAUCAAUCAUACACCAAUUUGUACUUGCGAGCCCGGUUACACUGGAGAUCCAUUUACAAAUUGUUAUCCUGAGCCACCUCCGCCGCGAGAACCGGUCAAUGAUGAUCCAUGCAAUCCGUCACCUUGUGGACCAAAUGCGCAAUGUAGUAAUGGAAUCUGCUCAUGCCUACCGGAAUACCAAGGAGAUCCGUAUCAAGGUUGUAGACCAGAGUGCGUACUGAAUUCUGAUUGUCCACGAGAUAAGGCCUGUAUUAGAAGUAAAUGUGUCGAUCCUUGCCCUGGAACCUGCGGACAGGACGCGAUAUGCGAAGUUAUUAACCACAUACCAAUGUGCAGCUGUCCUGCUGGUAGACAAGGAAACGCAUUUGUACAAUGUAGACCUCUACAAACUCCUAUGGAGACAAAUCCAUGCAACCCUACUCCAUGCGGACCUAAUAGUCAGUGUCGUGAAAUCAAUGGACAGGCAGUAUGCUCUUGUGUACCAGGGUUCAUCGGAAGCCCCCCUACUUGUAGACCAGAGUGUGUGGUUAGCUCGGAGUGCCCUCAAAGUCAAGCCUGUAAUAAUCAAAAGUGUAGAGAUCCAUGUCCUGGAACAUGCGGCAUCGCAGCUAGAUGCUCGGUCGUGAAUCAUAACCCAAUCUGCAGCUGUCCGGAACGUUAUACUGGUGAUCCUUUUUCACGUUGCCAACCCAUAAUCGAAACACCUGUUCAAAUGACCCCAUCCAAUCCCUGCCAACCCUCGCCUUGUGGUCCCAAUGCAAGUUGUCGGCCAGUGGGUGAUUCUCCCUCGUGCACUUGCAUUGAAAAUAUGGUUGGAGCACCUCCGAACUGUCGACCAGAAUGCGUCAGUAAUUCAGAGUGCGCUAGUAAUCGGGCAUGUAUCAGACAGAAAUGCCAAGAUCCCUGUACCGGUGCGUGCGGAACAAAUGCUGAGUGCCGGGUCGUUAGUCACACGCCAAUGUGCAUCUGCUCCGUCGGUUUCACCGGUGAUCCGUUUAGUCAGUGCGUACCAGUGCAACAAGAUAUUCCAAGGGAACCAUCAUCUCCAUGCAUGCCAAGUCCGUGUGGGGCCAACGCCAUCUGUAAAGCACAAAAUGGUGCCGGAUCCUGUACCUGUAUGGAAGACCAUUUGGGAAACCCGUACGAGGGAUGUCGACCAGAGUGUGUUCUGAACUCAGACUGCCCUUCGAAUCGCGCCUGUGUGCGGAACAAAUGCCAAGAUCCAUGUCCAGGAACGUGUGGACAGAAUGCGGAUUGUCAAGUCGUCAAUCAUUUACCAACGUGCACGUGUAUUGCGGGCUACAACGGAGAUCCAUUCCGAUUCUGCAAUGUGCAGCAAAACGAACCUGAAUACGUUAACCCAUGCCAACCGUCACCUUGCGGCCCAAACAGCCAGUGCCGUGAGAUCAAUGGCCAGGCAGUAUGCUCAUGUUUACCAACGUACAUUGGGUCUCCACCUGGGUGCCGCCCGGAAUGUGUAACCAGUUCGGAAUGCUCGUUGGAUAAAGCUUGUAUCAAUCAGAAAUGCGUUGACCCGUGCCCGGGAACCUGUGGCAUUAAUGCUCGAUGUAAUGUUAAUAAUCAUAGUCCUAUCUGCUCUUGCCAGUCGGGUUAUACAGGAGAUCCAUUCACCAGAUGCUAUCCUAAUCCACCACCUCCUCAAGAUACUCAAGUUAUACCUAGAGAUCCUUGUGUUCCAUCACAAUGUGGUCCCUAUUCCCAGUGUAGAAACAUCAAUGGCGCACCUUCCUGCUCAUGUCUAGUCAAUUACAUCGGAUCACCACCCAACUGCAGACCGGAAUGUACGAUCAAUGCCGAAUGUCCAAGUAACCAGGCAUGUAUGAAUGAAAAAUGCAGGGAUCCUUGUCCAGGAUCAUGCGGGCUUGGAGCCAGAUGUAACGUUAUCAAUCAUACACCGAUUUGUACGUGUGAGAGCGGAUACACUGGGGAUCCAUUUACUAACUGUUACCCAUCGCCACCUCCCCCAAGAGAACCAGUUCGUGACGAUCCAUGUAACCCAUCACCUUGUGGUCCCAAUGCUCAAUGCAAUGACGGGGUUUGCUCCUGUUUGCCAGAACACCAAGGUGAUCCAUACCAAGGAUGUAGACCUGAGUGCGUGCUCAAUUCUGACUGUUCCCGUGACAAGGCUUGUAUUCGUAGCAAAUGUGUCGAUCCUUGUCCCGGAACAUGUGGACAAGAUGCAAUUUGUGAUGUCUUCAAUCAUAUCCCAAUGUGCAGUUGUCCUGCUGGUAUGGCUGGAAAUGCAUUUGUACAAUGUAGACCCCAACAGGCUCCUCCAGUAUCGAAUCCAUGCAACCCGUCUCCUUGUGGGCCAAACAGCCAAUGUCGCGAAAUCAAUGGACAAGCCGUUUGUUCUUGCGUACCGGGAUUCAUCGGAAGCCCUCCAAGUUGUAGACCAGAGUGUACAGUAAGUGCGGAAUGCCCACAAAAUCAAGCUUGCAACAAUCAGAAAUGCAGAGACCCUUGCCCAGGAACAUGCGGCGUUGGAGCUCGAUGCUCUGUUGUUAACCAUAAUCCAAUCUGUAGCUGUCCGGAAAGAUAUACCGGAGAUCCGUUCGUGCGUUGUCAAGCUAUAAUUGAACCACCCGUUCAAAUGGCUCCAAUUAACCCAUGUCAGCCUUCCCCCUGUGGGCCAAACGCGGUAUGUAGACCUGUCGGUGACUCUCCGUCAUGCACAUGUUUAGACAACAUGGUUGGUUCUCCUCCAAACUGCAGACCUGAAUGUGUUAGUAACUCGGAGUGUCCUAGUAAUCUAGCAUGCAUUCGACAAAAGUGUCAAGAUCCGUGCACAGGAGCAUGUGGGGCAAAUGCGGAAUGCAGAGUUGUCAGUCACACUCCAAUGUGCAUUUGCUCGGUUGGAUUCACCGGUGAUCCGUUCAGCCAGUGCACACCAGCACAAUCGGACAUACCGAGAGAACCUUCAUCCCCAUGCGAACCUAGUCCAUGUGGAGCCAACGCAGUGUGUAGAGAACAAAGUGGUGCAGGAUCCUGCACAUGCAUUGACGAUCACUUCGGUAACCCGUACGAGGGAUGUCGACCAGAGUGUAUUCUGAACUCUGAUUGUCCUUCCAACUUAGCAUGUAUCAGAAACAAAUGUAAGGAUCCAUGUCCGGGCACAUGCGGACAAAACGCCGAUUGUCAAGUUGUCAACCAUCUGCCGUCCUGUACUUGUAUUGACGGAUAUGAAGGGGAUCCGUUCAGAUAUUGUAAUAUUCGACCGCGAGAACCUUUAACCUAUCAAAAUCCCUGUCAACCCAACCCGUGUGGCCCGAACAGCCAGUGCAAGGAGGUCAAUGGACAGGCAGUAUGUUCCUGUUUACCCUCGUACAAUGGAUCACCUCCUGGAUGUCGGCCUGAGUGUGUCUCAAGUUCAGAAUGUUCGCUGGAUAAGGCAUGUGUGAAUCAAAAAUGUGUCGACCCAUGUCCUGGAACUUGUGGAACCAAUGCCCGAUGUAACGUUAACAAUCAUAGUCCCAUAUGUUCUUGCCAAACUGGAUACACUGGAGAUCCAUUCACUCGCUGCUAUCCUAAUCCCCCACCCCCAAAAGAUACUGAAAUUAUUGCACGUGAUCCCUGUGUUCCAUCUCCAUGUGGUCCCAACUCCCAAUGUAGAAACAUCAACGGAGUACCAUCGUGCUCCUGUCUAGUCAACUAUAUUGGAUCUCCUCCCAACUGUCGGCCAGAAUGUACAAUCAACUCCGAAUGUCCGAGUAAUCAAGCAUGUAUGAACGAAAAAUGCCGAGACCCAUGCCCAGGAUCGUGCGGUAUUGGAGCCAGAUGUAACGUAAUCAACCAUACACCUAUCUGUAGUUGUGAGACUGGAUAUACGGGUGAUCCAUUCACGAACUGCUAUCCCGCGCCACCUCCUCCAAGAGAACCGGUUCGAGAUGAUCCAUGCAAUCCAUCCCCUUGUGGAUCGAACGCCCAAUGCAGUAAUGGAAUCUGCUCGUGUCUCCCCGAAUAUCAAGGUGAUCCAUAUCAGGGAUGCAGACCAGAAUGCGUUCUCAACUCUGACUGUCCCAGAGAUAAGGCAUGCAUCCGUAGCAAAUGUAUUGAUCCUUGCCCUGGAACGUGUGGACAGGAUGCUAUCUGUGAAGUAAUGAAUCACGUGCCAGUAUGCAGUUGUCCCAAUGGCAUGACAGGAAAUGCAUUCGUGCUUUGCCGACCACAACAGGCCCCACCCGUGACAAAUCCUUGCAAUCCGUCUCCUUGUGGACCUAACAGCCAAUGUCGCGAGAUAAACGGACAAGCCGUGUGUUCAUGCGUAGCUGGAUUUAUCGGUAGCCCACCAGCUUGCAGACCAGAGUGUGUCGUCAGUUCAGAAUGCCCUCAAAACCAAGCUUGCAACAACCAGAAGUGCAGAGAUCCAUGCCCUGGUACGUGCGGAAUCGGAGCGAGAUGCUCGGUAGUCAAUCACAACCCAAUUUGUAGCUGUCCAGAGAGAUACACCGGUGAUCCGUUUGUCCGAUGUCAACCUAUAAGUAAUAGCGCGAUUUUCUCUAUUCUACCUUCUGUAUUAACACCGAAUUUUACGAUUUCAGUGCAAACACAAGUUAUCCCAGUUAAUCCAUGUCAACCAUCUCCCUGCGGACCAAAUUCAGAAUGUCGUUCAGUUGGUGACAGCCCAUCGUGUUCGUGUCUGGACAAUAUGAUUGGUUCACCUCCGAACUGUCGACCAGAGUGUGUCAGUAAUUCAGAGUGUGCUAACAACCUUGCAUGUAUUCGUCAGAAAUGUCAAGAUCCCUGCGCCGGAGCGUGCGGAGCAAAUGCUGAAUGCAGAGUUGUCAGUCAUACUCCGAACUGUGUUUGCUCCAUAGGCUUCACUGGGGACCCGUUCACUCAGUGUGUCCCGGAGCAAAACGAUAUUCCGAGAGAGCAAACGUCACCCUGCACCCCGAGUCCGUGUGGGGCAAACGCAGUUUGCCGCGAGCGUAGUGGCGCCGGAUCGUGUCUUUGCAUUGAGGACUACUUCGGAAACCCUUACGAGGGCUGCCGCCCGGAGUGUGUUUUAAACUCCGAUUGUCCCUCGAACCGAGCUUGUAUGAACAAUAAAUGCGUAGAUCCAUGUCCAGGAACUUGUGCGCAGGCGGCAGAGUGCCAUGUCGUAAACCAUCUAGCUUCGUGUAGUUGUCAGAGCGGAUGCACAGGGGAUCCAUUCAGAUACUGCAACUGUGACAGCGAGAAGGAUUACAUACCUGUGGAGUACGUUAAUCCCUGCCAACCAAGCCCGUGUGGGGCCAACAGCCAAUGUCGUGAAAUAAAUGGUCAAGCUGUGUGCUCUUGUCUGCCCACAUACAUCGGAUCUCCUCCGGGAUGUCGUCCGGAAUGUGUGACCAGCUCAGAGUGUGCGUUGGAUAGGGCGUGUAACAAUCAGAAAUGUGUUGACCCGUGUCCUGGAAUCUGUGGAACCAACGCCCGAUGUAACGUAAAGAACCAUAACCCUAUUUGUUCUUGUCAAUCCGGAUACACUGGGGAUCCAUUCAAUAGAUGCUAUCCUAAUCCACCCCCUCCAAGAGACCCGGAGAUUGUUGCUCGCGAUCCCUGCGCUCCCUCUCCAUGUGGACCCAAUGCUCAAUGUAGAAACGUGAAUAGAGGUGCUUCAUGCUCAUGUCUACCGAAUUAUAUUGGUUCACCGCCCAACUGUAGACCGGAGUGUAGCAUCAACGCUGAGUGCGCAAGCAAUCAAGCUUGCAUAAAUGAGAAAUGUAGGGACCCCUGUCCUGGUUCAUGCGGCAUUGGAGCACGCUGCAACGUUAUCAACCAUACACCGAUAUGUACCUGUCAAGAGGAAUAUACUGGGGAUCCAUUCACCAAUUGUUACCCUAAACCUCCUCCACCCAGAGAACCUAUCCGAGAUGACCCUUGCAAUCCUUCACCGUGCGGUUCGAACGCUCAGUGUUCCAAUGGAGUAUGCACAUGCUUGCCCGAGUUCCAGGGAGAUCCGUAUCGGGGUUGUCGUCCAGAGUGUGUAUUGAAUUCAGAGUGUUCUCGAGAUAAGGCUUGUAUUCGCAGCAAAUGCGUUGAUCCCUGUCCAGGAACCUGUGGUCAGGAUGCUGUGUGCGACGUCGUAAAUCAUAUACCGGUGUGUAGUUGUCCGCGAGGAAUGGCAGGCAACGCAUUCGUACAGUGCACCCCACAACGUGCUCCAAUCGAAACCGAUCCAUGUAACCCUUCACCUUGUGGGUCCAACAGUCAAUGUCGACCCAUCAACGGACAAGCUGUUUGCUCUUGCAUUCAAGGUUAUUUCGGAACACCUCCCUCCUGCCGACCGGAAUGUUCCAUCAAUUCGGACUGCAUACAAAGUAUGGCUUGUAUGAACUUUAAAUGUAGGGAUCCAUGCCCAGGUACCUGCGGGCUGGGGGCAAGAUGUACUGUAGUAAAUCAUAACCCAAUUUGUAGCUGCGGGAAUAGAAUGACCGGUGAUCCUUUUGUUAGGUGCUAUGAAAUAGUGGAAAAACCCCCCACCCAAGAUACCCCUCGAGAUCCUUGCAUUCCGUCGCCAUGUGGUCAAAAUUCUGCCUGUGUGAAUCGCAACGGUAACCCAUCUUGUUCUUGUCUUCCCAACAUGAUUGGAGCACCCCCGAACUGUCGUCCAGAGUGCGUUAGUAAUUCCGAUUGUUCCAAUACGCUGGCCUGUAUAAAUCAAAAAUGUCAAAACCCUUGUUCUAAUGCGUGUGGAACCAAUGCAGAUUGUAGAGUUUCCCUCCACAUCGCUAACUGUAUUUGUCCAGAGGGCUACACUGGCAAUCCAUUCGUCAAUUGCUUCGUACAAUCUGUUACUCAACAACCUGAACCAGAGCCUAGGGAUCCAUGUUACCCAUCACCAUGCGGUACGAAUGCUCGGUGUCGACCAGUCGAUGGCGGUUCGGUGUGCGAAUGUUUCGAAAAUUAUUUCGGAAAUCCGUACACUGGUUGCCGACCGGAAUGUGUGACCAACUCUGAAUGCUCUAGAAAUACAGCUUGCAUUCAGAACAGAUGCAAAGAUCCAUGUCCAGGAGUGUGCGGCUACAACGCAGAUUGCAAUGUUAUCAAUCACACACCAACUUGCACCUGUCCGGAGGGAAUGGUCGGUAACGCAUUCGAGCAGUGUUCGCGAAAACCAGAACCACCCUCACCAUCAGAUCCGUGCUAUCCAUCACCGUGCGGACAGAAUACAGUUUGUCGAUCCUCCGGUGGAAACGCUGUCUGCGAAUGUCUUCCAGAUUUCAAAGGAACUCCGUUCGGAAGAGGCUGUUACCCGGAAUGUGUCAUUAAUUCAGAUUGUCCAAGAGACAAAACAUGUGUCAACAAGAAGUGUGUCGAUCCAUGUCCAGGAGUUUGUGGAUACAGAGCUGUAUGCCAUGCCAUCAAUAACAAUCCAGUUUGCUCAUGCCCGAACAACAUGAUCGGUGAUCCAUUCGUCGAAUGUGAAGAAUCGCGACCCAAGGAUCCGUGCAAUCCUUCCCCAUGCAGGACGAAUGGAGUUUGUCGUGUCAUUGGCGGAAGAGCCGACUGCCAAUACCCGGAGUGUGUCACCAACUCCGAAUGUUCAUCCAAUCGUGCGUGCUUUAAUCAGAAGUGUAGAGAUCCAUGCGUUGGAGCUUGCGGAGUGAAUGCUAUCUGUAACGUGGUGAAUCAUUCACCGGUAUGCUCGUGCCCAGAACGUCACGCUGGUUCACCCUAUGUUCAAUGUAACCCACAAAUGGACCCGAUUCCGAAAGCUGAGUGCAUCAGUGAUGAUCAGUGCACGAACGACAAGGCCUGCAUAAACCAACAGUGCAUCAAUCCGUGCACAGCCAAUACUGGCUUAUGUAAUCUUAAUGCCGAAUGUCGGGUUCAAUUCCAUCGAGCAAUCUGCACAUGUCGCGAAGGGUAUACAGGUAAUGCACAGUUUGCUUGCUAUGAAAUCGGCUGCCGGGCCGAUUCGGAUUGUCCACCGACAGAAUCAUGUGUCAACCGAAACUGUGUCGAUCCAUGCCAGUAUACUCAAUGUGGCAGAAACGCAGUUUGUAGGACAGAUUACAACCACAACGCAAGAUGCCACUGUCUAGAUGGUUACAGAGGAAACGCAUUGGCGGGAUGUACGCGACCCGAGUGUACCAGUGAUGAUGAGUGUCCUUAUCAUCUGUCAUGUCAGAACGAACAAUGCAGAGACCCUUGCAACUGUGCUCCAGGAGCGCAGUGUAGAGUUGAUAACCACAGAGCGCUGUGUAGAUGCCCACCAGGCUACACCGGAGACGCUAGCUUUGCUUGUGAAAAAGAGCCCCUCAGAGAUUCGGAUCAAUGUAAGAUGGAUGCCGAUUGCUCUAGCAAGUUGGCUUGCUUCAGUGGAAUGUGUAAGAAUCCUUGCUAUGAAACGAAACCUUGUGCUGAGCAUGCGGUUUGUACGGUGCAAGACACCCUCCCGCUUCGGACAAUGUUCUGCGUGUGUGAAGAUGGAUAUGUUGGUGACGCCGAAAAACAAUGCUUGCCAGUAUCAACUGUCGUACCUGAAUGUACCUCAGACAUUGAAUGUGCAGCGACGGAAACAUGUAGAAAUCGAGUGUGCGUUAACCCGUGCACGGAAUUUAAUCCAUGUGCUCGUACGGCUGAAUGUUUAACCCAGAGUCACAAAGCCAUCUGUGUAUGCCCCAGUGGCAUGGUGGGAGAUCCAUUCCAAAAAUGUUACUCGGAACCGGUAAUAGCGCCAGAAUGUACCGUCGACUCGGAAUGUGCUAGCAAUCGAGCCUGUAUCAACCAGAAAUGCCAGGACCCAUGCGCUGAGGGUAACCCAUGCGGUGGAAAUGCAGAAUGUCGAACCCAAUACCACAGGCCACUGUGCACGUGCCAGAAGGGAUGGGGAGGUGACCCAAGAGUUCAGUGUUAUAAGCCGGAAUGCCAAAACGACAACGACUGUCCAUACGACAAGGCUUGCUACAACGAAAAGUGUUUGAACCCAUGUACGUACGGCGCAACGCAGUGUGGCCGUGGAGCAGAAUGUCUCCCACAAGGGCAUCACGCCAACUGCAUUUGUCCACCAGGAACGCAAGGAAAUCCACUGAUCUCCUGUGUGACUGGACUUUGCCAGUACAAUGAAGAUUGUGCUGAUCAUGAAGCUUGCGACCGAUUGAAUAGAGUAUGCCGACCAGUCUGUGAUAAUGAGGCAUGUGCUUCUACGGCCAACUGUAUAGGUAAAAAUCAUCAAGCGACCUGUGAGUGUCUGUCUGGUUCCCGUGGAAAUCCGUAUGUAGGUUGUACUCGAGAUGAACCGGAACCAGCAUGCCGAAUCGACGGAGACUGUCCUUCACAACAAGCGUGCAUCAACAGCCAAUGUACGAAUCCAUGUACAGAAAUCAGUCCGUGCUCGCGGCAGCAGUCUUGUACAGUUGUCGAUACUUUACCACUCCGAACAAUGAUCUGCGCGUGUCCUUCGGAUAUGAUCGUUGACGUUAACGGGCAAUGUAAACCGAUUGUGGUGGAGGGUUGUCGGACUGAUAACGACUGCCCAGAUACAGAUCGCUGCAUUAGAGGACAAUGUACGUUAGCCUGUCGAGCGGAGCCUUGUGGAGUCAACGCUCAGUGUGAAUCCAGCGGUCAUCGAGCUCUUUGCUCGUGCGCUCCUGAAUAUGUCGGUAAUCCGCAUAUCGAGUGCACUCCAGAAGCCCGAGUUCCAUCUCCCAAGGAAUGUUCAGCCGAUGACGAUUGUCCUCUUGAUCGGUCGUGUUUCAACGAGCGAUGCAUCAAUCCCUGCACACAAGAUGUUUGCGGACGAGGUGCUAUUUGCCACGUACAGCUACACAAUGCCGUUUGUAACUGCCCAACCAACUACAACAAAGACAAAUCUGGAAACUGCGUUCCACCGUCAGCCGAUCUGCCAAAAUGUCGUUCAAACUCAGACUGUACUACAAGCGAAACAUGUGUUAACGAAAUCUGUGCUAAUCCUUGCAAUUGCGGCCAAAACGCCGAUUGUUACGUCAAGGACCACUAUCCGGUAUGUAGCUGUAGACCCGGCUACUCGGGAAAUGCUCAAUUCGGAUGCGUUAAACUGGGAUGCCAAUCGGAUAGUGAAUGCACCAACGACAAACAAUGCUACAAUGGUGAAUGUCUGAAUCCAUGCUCCCUGGAAGAUUCGUGUGCUCUGAACGCUGAGUGUUACGGUGAUAAGCAUCGAGCUGCUUGCCGCUGUCUGCCCGGAUUAGAGGGGAAUCCAUUCGUCCAGUGCCGGCGGGUAGAAUGCCACUUUGACGGAGAGUGUCCAGAUAGCCGUGCAUGUAUACAAGAGCAGUGCGUUGAUCCAUGCAGUACAAUGGCACCUUGUGCCCAGAAUGCCAUCUGUUUCACGCGUAAUCAUGCGCCACAUUGCAAGUGCCCUGAUCAUCUACCUGAUGGAAAUCCGUUCUCAUUCUGCGAACGUCGUGUUCCUGAGCCGGAAUGUACGAUGGAUGUGAACUGCCCAAGCCGACUGGCCUGCAUCAAUAACAAAUGUGUUGAUCCAUGUGUGGAACUAACACCGUGUGCGCGAACAGCACACUGUACAGUUCUGGAUUCUGUUCCAGUUCGAACCAUGGUCUGUGAGUGUCCAGAACUCCACGUACCGGAUUCAAAUGGUGAAUGCAAACGAAUCGUACUGCAAACACAGGUGGAAUGUACGAGUGACUCUCAGUGUUCAGAUAGUGAAGCCUGUAUCAACCGACAGUGCAAGAACCCAUGUAACUGCGGAACACACGCUACGUGUACUGUUAAGAACCACCGAGGCGUUUGCUCCUGUGAAAAUGGAUAUGAAGGAAACCCGAACAUUGCAUGUAGAACGAUCGGUUGCCGCGUCGAUUCCGAGUGUGAAUUUAGCAAAGCAUGUAUCAACGGAAACUGCGUGAAUCCAUGUUUGGACAGUAAUCCUUGUGGAAUUAAUGCCGAAUGCUUUGCAGUUUCAAACCGAGCCGAAUGUCGCUGCUUAAGUGGCUACAGAGGAAACCACUUUGUACAGUGUACGGUUGUCGAGUGUCGCAGUAACAACGAUUGUCCAAACGAUAAACAAUGUCGCAACUCUCAGUGCGUGGAUCCCUGCAUAUACGACAGCUCAUGUUCGCCCAGGGCAGAGUGUAAAGCUCACAACCAUCUAGCAGUAUGUAGGUGUCCAGCGGGAUUAGUCGGUAACCCAUACGUGGACUGUCGACCAGAAAUUAUUCCCGAGUGUGUCUACGACACCGAUUGUCCGUCGCACCUGGCUUGUAUCGAUAAUAAAUGCAUAGAACCAUGUGGAGUCCUAGAACCAUGCAGUCUACCAGCCAGAUGUGAAGUUAUACCAUCAUCGCCGGUCAGAACAAUGAUCUGUAUUUGCCCAGACGGGUAUAUCAGUAGCGGAAGCGGCACAUGUAAACCAGUAAUCAAGUCCGGUUGCAUAUCGGAUUCGGAUUGCUCCAGCGACACUGCUUGCAUCAAUAGUAUUUGUAAAAACCCUUGCAACUGCGGUCCCAACGCGGAAUGUCGAAUUAAAGACCACAAACCGGUGUGUUCCUGCAAACAAGGCUUCGACGGAAACCCAGAGAUCGAAUGCAUCAAGAUCGAAUGUCGUGCCGACGAUGAUUGCUCCAUGCAGCAUUCGUGUAUCAAUCGACAAUGUGUGCCUGUUUGUUCGAUUGAUUCUUGUGGAAGACAAGCUGAAUGUUAUGGCCAAAAUCACAGAGCAAUAUGCGAGUGUAUGCCAGGAUAUGAAGGUGACCCAAGAGUUAGCUGUAAAUUGCUGGGAUGUCGGGCUGACUCGGACUGUCCUACGGAUAAGGCCUGUAUAAACAACAAAUGUGAAAACCCUUGCGAACGGCAAGCUAUCUGCGCACAGAAUGAACUGUGCCAAGUGUAUCAACACCGUGCGGAAUGUGCCUGUCCACCGCCAUUCGAGGCAGAUCCGAUCAGAGGAUGUGUGCUGCGAGACGAACGGUGCCGAACGGAUGGCGAAUGCCAUUCACAAACCGCCUGCAUCCAGGGCGACUGUGUAAACCCGUGCAAUGUGACCGAACCAUGCGGUGUAAAUUCAAUGUGUAAGGUGUUGGACACUCUUCCAGUUCGUACGAUGAUUUGCGAAUGUUUACCGGGCUAUCAAGGCAACGCGGCCAUUCAGUGUGAUAAAAUGGCACUCUGUCAAAUCGAUCGAGGGUUCAUAAGAAACGCAAACGGUGAAUGCGUAUGUCCCCCCGGGUACGGUCUUACAAUCUACGACGAUUGCCAGAUUUGUCCCGAGAAAGAUGGACUAAAGAUUGAUGACACAGGACGUUGCGUGUGUGCCUUGGAGCGAGGUAUGGUAAUCGAUGAACGCGGACGCUGUAUUUGUCCAACUGACUAUGGCUAUCGGCUAACCGAACGUGGUGAGUGUGUUCGUACAGCCGUACCGGAGUGCAUACGGAAUAGCGACUGCCCAGAUUGGAGAUAUUGCGACGAGCAGACUAAGACCUGCGAAGAUCCAUGUACGACAAAGGUGUGCGGAAAGAAUGCGCUCUGUAAUGCAACCAACCACCAAGCGGUAUGUCAAUGUAUUUCCGGAUAUACAGGAAACCCCGAGGAGCAUUGCAAUCAAACAACCGGUUUCCGUACUGAUAUCCCAAAGCGGGAUAUGCAGGUUACCUGCCAAGCGGACGGCGUACAGGUGGUAAUCGAUUUGAUGGAAUCUAACUUCAACGGUGUAUUGUAUGUGAAGAGCCACAGCAAGGACGAAGAAUGCCGACGGGUAAUCAACCUAGCCGGUGAUUCCUCUCAGAGAACACAGAUCAAGGUACACUUUGGAAGUUGUGGCUUGAUCCAUAUCAACGGUAUCGCCAGUUUCGUGCUGGUGAUUCAGAAGCACCCGAAGUUGGUGACGUAUAAAGCCCAAGCCUAUCACAUCAAGUGCGUCUAUCAGACAGGCGAGCAAAACGUAACCCUCGGAUUCAACGUUCAGAUGUUGACGACGGCGGGUACGAUCGCGAAUACCGGGCCACCACCAACGUGUGCUAUGCGAAUCGUCGCCUUUAAUGGCGAAGAAAUCAACUCAGCCGAAAUCGGUGACAAUUUGCGACUACAGGUUGAAGUACAACCAGCAACUAUUUAUGGAGGAUUUGCUCGAAGCUGCGUGGCCAAAACAAUGGAAGAUAGCGUGGAAAAUGAGUACAUUGUGACAGACGAGAAUGGAUGUGCAACCGAACCGAGUAUCUUCGGUGAUUGGGAGUACAACGCCGAAACCAACAGUUUGCUAGCCAGUUUCAACGCGUUUAAGUUCCCAUCGAGUGACAACAUUCGGUUCCAAUGUAACAUUCGUGUAUGCUUUGGCCGAUGCCAACCGGUCAACUGUCACGGUGCCAAUGCAUUUGGAAAACGCAGAAGACGAGCGAUCACUGAUAUGAACGAAAUUGAACUAAUACUGAACAGGACUAGACGAGCUGCCAGUACGGCACUAGCUUCCGACGAUACGCUAGGUAUCGAGGGAACACUGCGAGAAGAAAUCACCGUAGAAUCGAAUGCGAUUCUAACGCUUGAAAGGAGGGAGGAGCGAUCAUAUGAUUCAGAUAACAUACUUCCCGCUGCUCAACGUGUCGAAGAUAUUUGCGUAUCGAUGAUCGGACUGAUCAUUGCGCUGGUCAUAACUGCGCUGCUGGCACUUGUAGCCGUGGCUGUGGCAGUUUCCUGUUGGCUCAUGGCCUACAGGCGACGUCCGACAAUAACUGGACCCUUGCCGCACCCACCGGAGUUCCCGAACCCGUUGUUUGCGCACCAAGAACCUUCUGAGCCAUCUCACGAUUACAUGACGUGAGAAGGCCAACCUAUCCGCAGACCAAAUGUCACUGUAAAUGUCAAGUGUACUAAAUGUUUAUAUUGUUUUUUUAAACUGAAACAUCAAAGACGACCCAGACAACAACGAAAUCCGAACGAAAGUAGAAAGUUUUAAGAUAGGAUACUUGAAAAAAAACACUGUAAAUAGACACAUUAAGAAUAAUAUUUUUGAGAAGGACAGUGGCACCACUAGAGUAGGAACGGUGCUUUAACCUGAAGGCAACGAAUGCGUACAACACUGUCCGUCCAUCGUUAUUGCAAACCCAAUGCGGAUGCAAAAGUUGUCUUAGACCAGCUCGUUUUUAUAAUAAAUUCACGCGGAAUACGACCAACCGAACCGAUAGAGCAUCUCCACUCGAACCCGCUUCCUGUUGUAACCUCAUGUAAAAAGCAAACUAAGAUCGAGAAACCUGACGAACAAAAAGCAACCUCAACCUCGUUAGCAAAUAGGACACUUAUAGCACCACUUGUCUCGUUUCUCGAUAAUCCUAAAACGGCGGGUUGAGCUGUGAUAUCAAAGGAACGAUGCACUGGCAACGCGCUCUGCACCCAGUACUUCGUGAGCGGUUGGUGGUUUUCCACGAACAGAAUCGAACAUCUCCUCCGCGGGUCGUUACUAGUCUUUUAUUUAUUAAUGUUAUUAUUGUAUUUAGUUAGAGAUGGAUCUAGCAGUUUCAACGUAUCUUUUGAACUACUCUGCACAAAUUCCUCGCCCAAAGUUGAAGGAGCCUCGUUCCCUACCCGUACUAUUCGCUAUCUUGCCUUCUUUGGCUCUACAACGAAACAAACACUGCAAUACCAUAAGUUGUUCAUCGAAAUCUUCACUUGAAUUCGAAUCCAACUAAACUCUGGGAAAGCGCACUAUUCCCCCGCAUGUCUCCACUUGUGGACAAUGUUAUCGGUGUUAUUCCACUAAAUAUAGUUGUUUUAGUUGUAAUUUAUUAAAAAUUUUAUGAAUAAUCGAAAAACACGCGAACUCGACCCCCGGAGGAUUUGUAUAACCUAGGUUAAUUGAAAGCAAGAAUAAAAUACGAUUGAAACGCUGCGUGUACUAUUGCGACAGCGAAGAAUUCCACACAGACAGAACGUAGUCAUUAUACAACUAACCUAUCAAUUAACGACGAAACUAUACGAGAUUCACAUUCCGAUAUAACCUGUACUGUUGAAACUGCCAUUAAAAACUCUAAAAAAUAUCACCCGCGAAAAGUCACCUCGUGUCAUCCCAAUUUAAAAAUCGAAAACGUGAAAGAAGCAGCGAUCUUUCACUAACUUCGAUUUGGACUUUGGGAUAGCAAGGUCUAUUUCUAAACAAAAAAGCUACUUAUUGUUAAACCUUACUGCCCUUUCGGAAUACUGCACAAAAGCGUGCAAAACGGUAGUAAAAUUUCGAUUAUCGACUAAUUGAAACGCUUUAGUUUUUUGAUCGUUUUAUGAGAGAAAAAGUGGCUGCAGUCUCCAAGAGACGAUAAUGGCAGAAUCCACUAUUUUCGGCAAUCACCCUAACAGGUAUUCUUCGAUUCCUUUUAUGGCUUCCAAUGCCGAGAUAUUUAUGGUUAUUUUAACUGAUAAUAAUGUCAACUAUUAAGACUGGAUUAACAUUAAUUGAGGUAAAACAAAGAAGAGGAAUGCGAUGAUAAGAAUGAAAACGUUUUCCUGAAGAAAAAAUCUACAGCUGAAAUUUUUCGGUACUUUAAACAUAGACAAAGAAUCCUAUUCGAAAUUAUCCCAGUGUAAUAUUUUUUUAUCACCAUGUAUAGUUCAUGUGAAGCAUGCAAAUAUCACCUCAAGCAAAACAAAAACGUUGAUGGAAUAAAAAACUACUAAUAAUAUUA